GUUCGUCGGACGUGGUACCGCGUCACCCGGUGUGCCGCGCGCGCGAUUUUCAGCCAUGUCAUAACAGUGAAAUAGUGUUUUUAGUUUAAAACGAAACAUACGGACAUGAUUGUAUGAAAUAGAAUAAAAUAAUUCCGCAUCGCACUAGUUCGCGUGUGUGUUUUUCCGUGUGCGCGGGCGCGCGCGUCCGCGUAGAUAAACCGCGAAGCGCGCGCGUAGAUUGCCGUCGGGAACCGCUUUUCCCUCGGCGUUCGUCUGAUAUUCGGUCCGUUUUUUUCUUUUUUUUUUUUUCUCGUCUUUUCCCCCGAGUGCGUCGCGUGAACAGUGCGAACAGGGCACCGGCCGCCCCGCCGCCGGUGGCCAAUCAAUGCGUGCUGCCGUCGCCGCCUGUCGACGGCCGCAACACAAGGUAUCGGACGUUACAGUAAUAAUAAUACACGUUUUUAACAUAAUAUUUUUACUUCACGCAUUUUUAAUACGGCACUGUUAAUUAAUUACCGUGUACGCGGUACGGAUUAAAUUACCGCGACUAGUCCAUGGGCGUGCAAAACGCGUUGCGUAUCUGUUUCCGUAUAAAAAAAAUAAAAAAAAUUGUAUUUUUACGCCAUGGCGCUCGGACGGAGGCGGCCGUCGCUGUCGCAAAACCGGACGUGCCGCAGCUGCCUGCUGCCGGUAGCCGCGCGCCACCACCGCCGCGUCGCAACCGCAACCGCUACGGCGGUGGCGGCGGCGGUGGUAAAACGCAAGCGUUCGCGGACGUCUCGCCUCCUGUUCGUAUAGUCGUAGUCGUCGACGCCGCCUAUGAUUUUAAUGCCUUGGUCGUCUCCCCCCCAUCCCCCCUCUCCAACUAUUUUUCAUUCAGUAAACACGCGCCGUUUCGGAAUCGGGGUCAACUCGUUGCCGCGCGUUUAUUAUACUAUAUAUUUUUAAAACAUUAUCCGUUAGUGUAAAUACACAGUGGGUAUUUAACACGGUAGCGAUAUUGUUGUCGGCAGUAGCAGUCAAUAUUGGUCGGUAAACGGAAAAAAAAAAAAACAAAAAAAUAGAACACAAUAUCAUUAUGGGGUUGGGGGAGUCCCCCCCCCGAAUAAAAACCCUACUCUCUACCUACAACACAAUUCGGCGGCGCCGAGCUCCUCGGUCCCCCGUCCGCGCGGAAUUCUGCGUCUGCGGCAUUAAUUACGUUGACGGCGCGACCGUAGCCGCCGCGUCGUCGUCCCGCAAGCCGUCGAACGCGUCGCCGCCGUCCCGCAAGCCGUCGAACGCGUCGCCGCCGUCCCCGCGCGGGCCGACUAACGAAAUUUCGGUGCGGUAAACGUCACGCGCGCCGCCAUCACCAAUAAUAUUGUUAAUGCCUUUCCGAAACGACCAUCCCCUAUGUCUCUUAUGGUUUACUGGCGUCACCGUCGCCGCCGCUGUUGCUCAUUAGCUGCUGCUGUUCUACUAUAUUAUUGUUAUUAUAAAACUUCCGGUAUUGUCUCGCAGAAGACUUGAACGUUUACGAUUUUGUUUCCGAAUAUUUCUGCCGAUACGCUCGACACGAGUACACGACCGAUUCGCGCGUGUUGUUUUCUUCGUUUUUCGCAACGCGUCGCGGGAAUCGGUACGUUCCCGUGGAAAAAAAAAAACCUAUUUUGUUCUCUCGGGCACUUGUGGAUUUGAUUUAUAAUGUUAUGAAUAAACGCCGAAAUAUUUUGGUUUUGUAAAGGUUUUCAUCCUGCGGGUAAUAAACGCGCGUUUUGCUUAAAUGCAUUCUGCUACAGUGUCGCGUCGAUUUAAAUAUGUCACGAGAUGAUGCGACACGACGUGACAUAUCGUUGGCGAACGCGCGGUAGGGGACGGUUUUUGGGGGGUUAAAUCCACCUCGACCCGAAAUAUAACCUGAUAGUUUGUUGGUAAUUUCGAAACUUUGUCCUGCGUUCGCCCCAGUGAAAUAUCAAGCUUCUUAUAAAUUCUUAACAAUUUUCUAUUGCGACAAUUUACUUAAUGUAGGUAUUUCGUAUAGAUUAUUAACAUUAUUAAUGUAAUAUACGAGUUAAUUGUGUUUGGCUAUCAUAUCGCCAACUGUUGACGUGAAAUAAAAGUCAGGUUUCUAGUUAGAAACGGUUUUGAAUUUUACUUAAACAUUUUUCAAUAUAAUUAUAUUUUCUGUUGAUCAGUAUAGAAUUUGAUAUCGGAUCUAGACUAUUAAACCAUAUUACCCCUCCCCGAAAAAUUAUAAAAUAAGAUAUUAUUUUCGCGGUACGAUUAUUUGAUCGACUUAAAAGCUGUUUGUUCUGGAAUCUAAAAACAAGUUUUUUUGAUCAGAUAUGAGAAAACGUUUAAAUUUAUUUUGAAAAAAAAAAAUAUUGAACCGCAUUUGACUGGCUUUUCUUUGAAGUUUAAUUACAUUUAAUCACAUUUUACAAAUUACAAGUCGCGCAAUAUACAUUUUACUUUUAUAAUUUAAACUACAGACAGUUAGUAGAAUUGAGACUUAAAAAGUUACCGUUAACUUAAAAAGGCUUAGGCGGUCACCAUACCCAAAAAUAUAUACUUGAAUUGUAUCACUUAUACCAGUGGUAAUAGUUAACAAUGAAACUUAAAUUUAAUUUUUAAGAAAUAAAAUAUACUUUUACAGGUCGCAGUAACACAAUUACAGUAUUAAACUAAUUUACUUGUAAAAAAAAAAGGUUCUGGGUGGCGGGAGAUCUUUCCGAAUUCCUCUCUCCCCCUGUAAUUACGCCGUUGGGAGAAACCGCUAGGAUGCUUUCAAUAUUCGAAGAAUGACCUUUUUAGUCUUUAACCGAACAUAAUACAGGUACCUAUCUAAUAUAUUACUCUCGCAUUGAGGAAAAAACCUUUUUAGUUUGGUACACGAAAAACCCACAGGAAAUUGUUAUUUAAGUAAAUCAAAUACUAUCCUACAGUAUUUUUUUUUUUACAAUUUCUUCGAAAUCUAUCGGGCGUUUGUAAAAGUGACCUUUUGAAUAUAGCAUCUGUAAUGUGUAUUUUCCUAUUCGUGAAGGAACAAUACUUAGGUACAAUGUAAAUAAUAUUUUGCUCCUAUCCGUACUAUGUAUGUCCAUUAUAUAAUCAUUUCUGCUUGAAAAAUUAUUUCCGGAAAAAAAAAAAAUUAAAUAAAACGAGCGGAACUAAUGGACGUCUCUCGGUCCUUUUGUAGGUAAAUUACAAUUUGCGUAAAAUCAUAAUUAAGAAUAAAUAGUCAGAAAAAAAUGUUUAAUUAUUUUGUCAUCGCUUGUCCCAAUAACAUUAUAAUGUACUUUUUGAUGCCUGCAAAAUAAUCGGUAAUUUUGUUAUAACUUUUUUAACUAUAGUUAUUUAAAAAAUACAUUUUUAAAUUUUGCAAAUUUUGUAUUGUAUGACGUCCGUUUACAUAUUUCUAAUAAAAUAUUUUGAUAAAAAUUCUGGCGCGCUCGUAAAAAAAUUAAAAAAAUCUCGACGCUCAUUGGAUUUCUUCCGGCAAUUUUGUUCAGAUUCCGUGUUAUUUCGGAAACUAAAACUAAAAAAUAAUACAAGUAUUGUUGACAUUAUUCAAUCAAUAUUCAAUCAGUAUCCACGUAAAUUAAUUUCGUUAUGAAUACGUGGUAAUAUUAUUUUUAACGCUCGUGUUUUAAUAAUACUGAUAAUAAUUAGUAUGCAGAAAGAACAAUAAUAUCGGUUUUCGUUGAAUUCUGUUUUCGCUCGGUUUUCGUAACUCGUGUAUGUUGUGUAUUUAAUUAAUAUAAAACAUCAAACGUAUAAUAACGAUGGUAUUUAAUCUAAACGCUUUUAGUCAAAUUCAAAAAGAAAAAAAAAAAUCAAUUAUAUACAUAGAUUAUCUGCAUUUUAAUUAAAAAUAAACAUGUUCUUUUAACGAACCCGUCAGGUAUAUCAAUAUGUUGUCAAAUAUACAAAUAUUUGUUUCUAAAGUCCAUAUCGAUAAGUCAUAAAGGAAAAAAAAAUUAAUUUUAUUUAUUAUAAAUAUUGAAAAGCAAAAAAAAAGUCUGGGAAAAAUAAAUGAAAAUAGAAUGAUUUUAAAAUAUAUAUAAAACAUUUUCUAAAAAAAAUUGUUUAGGGAAAUAUGGUAAAAAGAUAUGCAAUGUGAAUAAUUUGACAUAGUACCUGCAUUCUUCAACUAUAUUUAAUAACGAUUUAAUUUAUACAGGGUGUCCCACAAACAUAUACUCAUUGCAAUAUCUCAUGAGGCAAUAAAGAUAAUCAAAUUCUGUUUUAUUUUUUUUAUAUAUUACUCGCUGGGAUAAGGACUAUAAAUAUUUAUAUUUGAAAAAACUAAAAAUAUUACUUUUUAUUUUCGAGAAAUUUGAAGAAAAUUAUUUAUAACCUAGAUUUUAUUCUUGUGAAUAUUUUGACGUCUCAAUUUUUUAUUUUUAUUACAUUCGUGAUUUUUAAUAACUUUAUAAUAUAUUUAUGCAUCAGGUUGUAAUUGCAUUCACUAAUUUAUUACUAAUCAAUGAUUAGUAUAUAUAUUAUGGCUAAUAUUGAUUGUACACUUUUUUUUUCUGAACUUUAAAAAUAUCAUGAAUUUAAUUAAAAUAAAAAAGUUGAUACCAUAAAAAAUUCCGGAAGAAUAUAUUAAAUAAAAUUGCUAUCUUCAAAUUUUUCAAAAAUAAUAACAAGUUAUUUUUUUUUUUUGAGAUUUUUACCAAAAAAAAAAUUUAUUGAAUUUUAAAUAUUUGUAUUUUGUAGUCCAUGAAGAUGUCCCUAUGAAGAUCAGGUAUAGCUAAAACCGAAUUUGAUUUUCUUUAUUAUCUCCGGAGAUAUUAUAACGGGUUUAUCUUCGUAGGACAUUCUGUAUAUUAUACAUAGUAUAUAGUGAUUCUAUAACGUUUUACAAAUUUGUAUAUUUGUUGUUUUCGAUGAUUCGUAUUAAUUAUUAUAUACUUUGCUAAGCUAGCGUACAUUGUAAUCAAACAAUUGGUCUCGAGGAAGUCAAAUUUUGUUUUUUUUAUUUAUUUUCUUUAUAAUUUUAUACCAAACAAUUUGUUGGUCUUUAUUUUUGGUCUUAGUGGCAUUAAUACAUGCAUUUUAAAAAUUAAUGUAUUAUCUAGUGUUUAGUGAUUGUUUAUGUACUUUCAAUAUUUAAUUUGCUCGUAUUGAAAACUAUAUAGAAUUUACUUAAACUCUUCUUUUCUGAGACCAAAGAAAUAAGUAGGUAGGUACCUAUAUUUCUUAUGGCCUGAUAUUUAUCACAACUUAUAAGUAUGAAUGAUUUGUCGUUCUUUUUCUUUUUUAAUUGUACAUAAUGAUAUUUAAAUGCACACGCUACUAAUAUUUACGUAAUUGCGUGUGACGGUAAAUAUGAAAUGACGUAUAGGUGGUAGGUUAUUAAGUAUAUAUAUAUAUAUGUAUUUCGUAUAAUUCAAAUAGCUUGACGAUGAUUCGUUAUAAUUGUAUCGAAUAGAAAAAAAAAACAUACAUUGUAUGUACCGUCUAUGUUUAUUUUUUACGAAUAGUCGUUAAACGAAUAUUGCAUUUUUUAAAUUUAAACAUUUAAAACAUACACCCAGCUAGGUUACAGUUUAAUAUGAGUUUUAUAAUUAUGGCUAGUAUCUUAAUAAUACUGUGUUUAUUUAUAUAAAAUUAUUAUUGAUUGAUUGAUUGUGAUUACAUUGAUUUAACAAUAUUAUUGUAUCAUAUUUCUUAUAACUUUAAUAUUGUUGUAAAUCUGAUAAUUUGGUGUUUAAUUAAAUAACUGAUAGCAAAAAAAAAAAAUUGAUAUUGAUUAUGGGUUGGCCGUUGUUAUGGAUGAAUAGUUUGGAAGGGACAAGGGUAUUUAAUCAAUGGCGGAUUUUUAACAUUUUUCAGGGGGCCCUGAAAAUCAUAAAUUUCAAAGGUAAUAGAUUAGUAGAUGCCUCUAUUUAGACUAUAGUUUAUUAAAAUUAUAUCGGUGUCUUAGGGGAGGUCUAGACCUCCUGCCCCUCUCUCUGUAGUUAAAUUCACCAUUGUACUCGUGUGUAUGGCAUAACUUAGUACGAGUAAGUUUCGUAUAUUGUGAACAACGAUAAAUCAUUGCAAACGAAAAAACGAUUUUGAAUGGUUUUUUCUCUUGUAGCCAAAAAUCUACAAAAGCCAAAAAAACAAAACCAAAAUAAAAAACACCUUUGAGUGAAAUUCUGAAAAUAUCGAUGAAUGUUUAAAAUAAAGUAGGUACCACCGAACAGAAAUUUUGAAUCCUUCGAGGCGAGUUUUACGUAUACAAUUGGAGCAUUUUUAUUAACCGAAAAGUGUUUUUGGUGAAUAAACAGUAAAACUAGCUUCUUAGCUAUACUCAGAAUAUAAAACGUUCGCGAAAAUAAUUAGUUUAAAAUAAAAUAAUGAAAUCUGCCAUAGUUUAACGUAUUUGCAGCUUUUAUUUAGGUAUUUUAUUAAAAUAGAAUAUGUAUUUUAUAAUUACAUUGUAUAACUAUAUCCAAUCAACUUUUCCUAUGUAUUUUUUUUUUUUGAACUGUAUAGGUAAUUUUAAACAAUACUAAUAAUUUUUUUUUGUUUUCAGAUUUUAUAAGUAAAAUGUAAUCGUUUUAUAUUUACAUUGAAAAACAUUCAAUAUGUCGUCUAGAAAAGGCACUGACAUAUUAACUAGUGGUGAGAAUCAAAAACAAACUUCAAUUACUGCUAAAACAAAACUGAAAAGAACAUCUAAUGCAAGUGACUCACCGCCAGGACCAAUAAAUUUGACAAAGAAAACUGUUAAAAAACCCGCAUUAGCUCAAAAAGCCACAAAGCUCGAUCAGAAAAAUCCUAAACAAUCGAAAAUCGCUAAAAAAAAUGAAAAAGAAAGCGAGGAUUCGGACGAGAAAAAAGAUUUAGUAAAAAAACCGGGUAAACAAAAGUUAAAAGAGAAAUUGACGACAAAAACAGUGAAAAAAUCAAUUAAAGAUGUUAAAAAAGUGAAAAAUUUGACUUCCGGAAAUAGUGAAAAAGUUGAAAAAUUGCUCCCAAAACCAAAAAAACUUGCACUAAAGAAAUCUGAAGAUAAAGAAGAAAAAAAAACCAAAGAAAAAGUGCAGAAAGAGAAGGUCAAAGAAGUAAAAAAGAAACCCAAUCCAAAACUUGUUAAAAAAAAUGUCGAUGAAAUUGAAUCUAUAAAAUCACGUGUAGAUAUAACAAAGCCAGAGAAAAAAGAUAAACCUAAAAAAGGUAAAGUUAUUGCUAAGAACAAGGGAAAAUUAAAUUUACCUAAGAAGAUCUUAAAUGAGGACGACAAACCUCCGAUAGAAUGUUUGGACGUGUUAAAAAAUGAAAACCCGGACGAUGUUGCUCUAUUGCAAGUUUUUCAGUUAAAAAAUGGCCCAGUUUGUGAUUUUGAUGGAGGCGUUUGUAAUACUAUUACAAUAAGACAAGACAAUACUUGUAUAAAAAUUAAGGAAAUAUCAGUUAGUCAAUUACCCUAUACAGUAAAAACAGAAGAGAAUGAAAAAAUAGAUGUCACGUCAAUGCCCAUAAAAAAAGAAUCCAAACAGAACCCUGAAAGUCAGACCGUUGAAAAGCAUGAUAAACCUGCUGAUAAACCAAAAACUGAAAAGCUAAAAAGUGAGAAACUAAAAACUGAAAAACAAAAAAAUGAAAAACAAAAACCCGAAAAACCCGAAAAACAAAAAAUUGAAAAACAGAAAAUUGAAAAACCAAUCAAGAAAGUUAAUAAAGUCGAAAAGAAAAAGAAGCCAAUAGUAGUAGAUAAAAUCAAACCAAAAGGUAAAACAAAAGUUGUUCCUAAGCCUAAACCAAAAGGUAGACCAGUGUCUAAGAGACCUAGAGUUGCGUCUCUCAAUGCCAUAGCCAAAGUACACUGUUUGUACGAGAAUGAGAGUAAAAGCGCAUUGAUUGACGCUAUGGCCGCUUCCGCAGCUAGUACAAUAAGCGCACCCUCUUCAAAAAAAAAAAGGAAAGGUUCAGACUGCGAAAUGCCAGUUAGAAAAGGUAAAAGAACAUCGAAAAGAACCACUCCAGGAUUAAAAAGUGUAGGAAGACAUUGGGAUAUGCAUGAUACAAGUUCUACUAACAGUUCCUCAUCAGGUAUUAUUAUUAAUUCUUUGAAUUUAUGAUAAUGUUAGAAUUUAAGAAAAUGAAAUUAGUUUUUUUUUGUUAAAAAAUUGUAUAAUAUUUUCACUGAGAUACUACCUAUAGACUUCAUAAAAAAAUUUCGUACGUUUUCGUAGUGGGAUUUUACAUUUUUAGGCUACACUUAAAAUCUCAUAGAUGUAAGGUACCUAAUAAAUUUUGAAAGAAUAACUGAAUAAUAUAUUUUAUAAUCCUAUUCUAGUUUGUUAUUUUUUCAAUUUAGAAAAUGAAGUCUGUAACGUAUUAAAGAUUAAUAAAAACAUUAAUCUAAAUUUAAUGAUACGGUUAGAUAACUAUCUUCGCUCAAUUACAUUAAAUUAAUUGACCAUGGAUAUUUUAAAUUUUAAUUAAAAAAAAAUUAAAUAGAAUGAAGUGUUAAAAAGAUUGUACAAUGUACACUAUAGAUUUUUUGUGUCGAUUAAAUGUAAUUCGGUAUUAUAAGUUAGGUAACAUCAUAUAGAAUUCAAAACAUUUGUUUGAAUAUUUUCCGUAAAAUUGUAAUUUAUUUUACAGUAAAACUUCUAUUUAUAUUUUAAUAAAAUACAUUUUUAUAGGUGUAGAUGAUGUUAAAUAUGAACCCCCGAAGUCGGCUAAACGUACAAAAAAGCAACCUAUAGUGAAGCCGCCUGAUAGUACAGACGACGAUGAAGAAGAACCAGAAGAAGAACCUGUAAAGUCUCCAAAAGAAGUCACUUCACCAGCGGGUGGAUCCAAGCGAAAGAGACGUAACGCGGAUACUGUUACGAUGGAUCUAAAAGACAUGGUCGUAAAAAAACGCAUGGCGAGUCUGAACGCAUCAGCCAUAUUGGCGGCCAGCUAUUCGACAGAGAAGAAAUUGCCGUCAACGAAAGUGCAAGAUUGCUCGAAGAAGUCUACUACUAGUUCCGAAGUGUCGUCCGAGCGAUCGGAGCCGGAAGACGACGCGGAAGACGAAGAUUCCGACGGACAUAGGACGUCGUCUACGAUCCGCCCAGUGGCCCUUAAACCGGCGCCCUUGCCGCCCAUUAUCCCUCCCCCGUCGUCUCAACUCGCCGUUAUCGUUAACCAGGACACAGACGUCACUAUCACCACCGGUGUGUACGUCAACAGCACCACUCGAUCUACGAGGCACGAGGAAUUUUGCACCAUAUCUGGGCUCCAGUACCGGAUAUCCAGUACUAGUCACACACAAACCGAAGCCACGGCCGUGGCCACCGAAACACUAUUGCACGCCGAUCACGUGAGUGUCGCAUUCUCGAUUAUAAUAUUUUUUUAUUUGACCAAUUAUACUUUUAAACGUAUCUUUAUAAAAUCGUCAAAUAAUUUAUGAAUCACUAAACGCAGAAAUAGCACACGUGUUUCAAUUUUAAAUUUUUUUAAGGAAGAUAAAAACCGUAUAAAGCGUAACAAUAUUUCAUAAAAUCAUCGUAGAAACUUGUAUACACGAUAUCAAAUACCAUAACAUUGGUUUAACUUGAAAUUAAUUUUUAAAUUUUUUUUUGUCUUUCUUGAAAAUUUUUUUGAAAUUUGAACGUGACCUUUUUGCAUUUAGCGAUUCAUAUAAGUAAUUGAAGCAAUAGCGUAUAUAAUCGAACUUGAAAAAAAUAUUUUUUUUCUAAACACAGUAACACACAUUAUAAUAUUAUAUGUACAUGGCGAGUUGUAACGAAAAAAUCUGCUGGAAUUUAAUUUAUCAUUUUUGUGAUAAAUUUCACUCAGUUUUCGUUUAUGACGUUUAAAAACAAUGAUAAAAUACUUCGAAAGCACAAAGAAAAUAAUCGGUUUUUUUUUUUGCUUUAUGUUUUUGUUUGUCUAUUUUCUUGUCCUCGUCCUCUUGUCUCGUUAUACACAUUCACUAUUUGCUAAACGACAACAUCCGGCCGUAUAAUAUUGUCCGAUUGUUGUCAUUAGCUUUCCCUCGCAGAGCUUUUUAUUUUGUUCACUUUUUUUUUAUGAUGCGGUUUUACAAAAAAAACAUAACCAUAUAUUUUGUAUUAUUCGGUUUUGGCCGUUUUGGGUGUUAUUGUUACGAAAUAGUUUGUGUUAAACGCGUAGUACACAGUGAAUAUUAUUCCCAUUUUUUUUAAUAUCAGAACUGGUUUCUUUGAUAUUAUUAUGUUGUUUUUGAAUUUAAAUUUAUAAUAUACUCAACAGUUGGUUACAUUUUUCGUUAACGUGGACUUAAAAUGAAUCUAAUAAGUACAAUAGUUUUAAUUUAUAUCCAAGUAUCAAAAUCGUAAAAUUAACAUUAUUCUUCGUACCCAUACAGCAUAUUGUAGGAUAAAAUUAGUAUUUUAGUUGUUGAAAAUGUUUUAAAAAUUAAAUUAAUCUUUAUUUUUUUAUUCGAAGAAUUAAACUUGAAUAUUUUUAAGACUUUUAACUAUACUUACAACACUGCAAUAUUGUCGACCCAAUUCCUAAUUGUCCUAACUCUAAACCACGGAACUGUUCGGAAAAAGCAUAUAACGUUUUCAUCACCAAAGUCUCGACUCCAAAAUGGCAAUAUUUUAUACGGAGAUCCGAUGGAAUUUAUAUUUUUUUGUGUUUUCAUCAGCGGUUUCGUUUGGGAAAAUAUAGGGUUUAGUCACCGCUUAUAUGGCCACUCAUUUUUAUUUUAUUUGUUAAUAGUGUAAUUUUGUAAUUUGAUAUUCCAUAAGAUGGUUAUUGUUCUGUUCAUUCAUUUAUUCACUAUUGGGUGAUAUCAAUCAUUAAAAAACGAUACAGAUAGCAUAGGAUGACCGUAGAACGAGAAAAUGCAAUUAUAAAAUAUUAAUGUGUCACUUCAUUGAUAUUCUUAAGAUUUUGACAUUUAAACUGUGUAUUGGUGAACUUACAAUGUAUUUUUGGUUGAAUUUUGAAUUUUUCUCAAUAAUCAUAGGUAUGUAAAUUAAAUCAUCAAAUAUUAAUAAAAAAAUGUUCUUAGAUAUAGCCAUGUAGGUAGUGACUCCGCUUUAAUAAGAAAUUUUUUUAGUCUGUGUGCAUUGUCAAUGAGCAUAAAAUCAUAUUUUUGGAUAUAGUAUCGACACUUAUUAGGGAAUAAGACUGACCGUCCGUAGUUUCAUGUUAAAUAUUUUGUAGGUUUCUACAAUACCAAAAAAAUUAUGAGGUUAUUAAAAAAAAUCUUGUUUUUGGGUUAUAAUUUGUGUUUGUGUAUUUUUUUCACCGAUGUAUAAACGAAAGAAACAAAAAUAAUUUUCGCGUUUCGAAAACGAUAGUUAAAUAGCGUCGUUAUAGCGUUAUAGCGUUUCCUAUAUAUAUACGUGUAAACACAUUAUACUUACGUGGAUUCCUUUUUGUUUAAACAGUCCGUUUGUUUGUUAUUAAUUAAAAACUCCUAACCUCCUAUAUUAAAUGCAUUACGUGUCUGUAAGCUUACUUGACGUAAUCACUGGCGGCGGCCAACUUUUUAUUCGAGUGCUGAAAUUAAUCGUUAUUAUACUGCCAGUAGUGCCCUGUAUACGACUCGCGGAACCAAAUAAUAAUAAUAACAAAAUCAUAAUCUUUGUUUUAAUUAAUUCAUAUAUAUAUACAUAAAAAAACAAAAAAAAUAACAAUUUUCGUGAUUUCUAGAGAAUUGUGUUUUUUCUCUUUUGUAAAACGUACGUUAUAAUAAUAAUAAUAAUUAUUAUACUUACGUUUCUACGUCGGUUGUUGGGUCAGACGUUUUUUUUUUUUUUCAUAUUAUAUAGAUGAUUUAAAAUUUUAUAUUAUACGUUGAACAGAAAAUUUGGGAUAAGUUUAACCGGGAGUUUUUUCCCUGUCCGUUCGUAACAGCGUGGUACAUAUAUUUAUACAAUACGCGUAUUUUUUUUUUUUACUCCAUCGCUUAACAUUUUUUUUUAUGAGUCAUCGCGCGUUUAAAAAUCCAUUUUUAUCAACGGACGUAUAUAACUUCAUUAUUAGUGCAGUUGUUUUGUUAAUGGAAUUAAUUAUUUCGUAUAAUCGACACAAAGAAUAAUAAAGUAUGAUAUUCCGAAUGACAUUAUAUUUAAUAAAAUAACCGUAAUUAUGUAUUAAAAAAAAAAAAAAAAAAAUAAUAAUAAUAAUAAUGAAAACGUUGUGACGUAGAUAUUGAGAUUAUUUUUUAGAACAAUAAAAUAUUAUAUUUAUGACGUACAUUUUGUUUUAAAGCUUAAUCGACGUGUAUGUAUUGCGUUAAUCGCGAGGUAUCCGAAUAAUAAUUUCUGGCCAAGACAGCCGUAAGCUUAAACUUAAUGAAAAAUUUAAUUAAACUCAGUUAUAAUAGUUGUAUUCUCUUAGCGAAAACAACUUUAUACAAUUUGACAAAAGUAAUUAUUGUUGUUAUUUAUAAAACACUAUAUUGUUGUAUUUUUAUUUUAUUUUUUUAAUUUUUAAGACAAGAUUAAAAAUCUGUCUGGAAAAUGGAGAAAAAUCAAAUUAACUUUUCCUCUUUAUCUUAUAAAACCGUGAAAUUGUAUCUUUUAAAUUCCUGAAUAACUGUAUAUACCUACUGCAGAUUUCCGGAUAAUAUAUUUUCUAUAAAACAGAUUUUGCUCAUGGAUUCGAGUAACCCAUUUAUAUAUAGGUACAUAUUUAUGGUUUUCAACGGAUAAUGCAUACAAGUUUAGCAAUCUAAAAGAAUUUGAACUGUGUAUUUAUUAUCAUUAUGUCCCCAGCUUGUUUUGGCAAAAUACCUAUAUAAUAUACGAGUGAAUAAUUACAAAUUUAUUGCCGUCAUUUCAAUAUUUGGUAGACUGGCGCAAACUUUGUCGACUGACAAGGAAUAAAAAAAAAAAAAAAAAUAACUUCAAUUCAAUAGGUAUUUCAGAUUUGCAUAUAAUCGCGAAGGAAUAGGUAAAUAUUUUCAAAGCAUUUAAAUUCUAUAUUUUAAUUUAAAAGUAAAUAAUUGAUGAUAAAAUCGGUCGGAUAGAGUAGAAUAUUCGAUCACGGAUUAUGCUUAUUCGCGAUGCCGUACGAACAGAAUACGAAACAUGAAUAAAUUGUCGAUACUUCGAAAUUAUUUCUCCGGACUCAAAAACCAAUCAAAAUGGAAAAUGACCUCCCCCCAAAUAACAUCAUCGUAUAUAUACAUAUUAUCGAAAGCGGUAACCGUGAUUUUCUUGUUAUUUCGAUACGUUUUAUGCUGCAGUAUAUACGUUAUUUUAAGCGUCGAAAAAUAGAAUUAAUGUCUAUGUUCGUUCUGUGUUACAAUAUUGUGUAGACUAUUGGCGUUUUGCCACAGGCGAAGGAAAAAAAUAAAAUUUAAAUACUUACAGAUUUUUACAGAAAUAUUUCCAGAGUUUAUUCGCGCGGUGGUUGUCAUAUUCGAAUACCACGGUAAUAAUGAGAAUAAUGAUGUUUAUUUUUAAUUUUCAGAAUUAAUAACGGCGCGUCCGCUUCGAAAACAUCUUCCAUUGUUAAGUAAUACCCAACCUGUAUAAUACGUAUAUUGUAUAACCUGUCGGGUUUGAUAAAUUCGAGAUUAUUAUGACAUUUUUUUCCAAAAAUACGUAUCCCCAGCGGUGUCAAAAUUAAUCAGAUACGUGCGAAAUCAGUGUUGUUAACGUUUCUUUGAAAAAUAAUUCGUUUCUAUUCUUGAGGAAUCAUAAGAACAAUUCUUAUUUCAAAAAAUAAACUCGUUCCCGUUCCUCGUUACUUAAAAAACAAAAACUCGUUAUUUAUAAAAGCAUUCCUUUAUGAAUGCCUAAUGCAGUCCGAAAAUAAUUUUUUUUAUAAUCUUAAUUUGAAAAUAUCGCUAAUUAAUUCGCUUUGGAACACCAAGUCGUAGGUUAAUAACAAAUGGCUGGAAGAAUCUCAUCUAUUAGAUUCAAAACACGAUAAGCGAAAUUUGUCUUCCCAAAUUUCAGAGAUUCUUUUCUUUCUUCUCUUCUCAAAAGAAUUACAAUAAUUACGUUCCUAUGCCUAAAAAUAAGGAACUAAUUCACGUUCCUAUUCCUUUGAAAAAUAGUAUAAUUAAUUCCUUCAUUCGUUCCUAUAAAAAGGAAUCACUCCUUUAGGAACGCGUUUCUUAACAACACUGUGCAAAAUAUCGAAUAUUCACUCGGAUUAUAUUGUAGUUUUGUAUAAAAAAAAUAAAAAAUAAUUUUUAUUGUAUUAAAAUCCGGUCGUUUUUCGUGGUGCGGAGGGGGGGGACACUACCCUGCGCGCUACGAUUUAUCUUAGAAAUAAUGAAUACAUAUCCCCCCUUCCCUUCUACUCAAUGAAAAUUCCUGUCUACACCGCCGACUAUACAUUCUUAUCCCCUCCCCAUAUCCCCACCCCUUUGAUAUACGUUUCGCCGUAUCGUCUAUCGCUCGUUGGUACCUACCUAUGUAUAGGUAUACACUCGUAUGAUAUAAUAUAAAAUAAUCUCACAACAGCCGUCCCUUUUGAAUCCGUCCCAGACUGCACACAUCCUUUUAUAUGCGGCGCGCGCACAUAACGCAUAACACGGUCGUGUUAUGAGCGUAGGUACGGGCCCUUUAGGCGCACCUCUGUUUUGUUUGUGGAAAAACCACCUGCGGCAGCAACGACGGCGGCGGCGGCGACGACGACGGUAGUCGAAAAUCGGUUAGCAUAAAAUCGCUGCUGUUAUCAAUUAACCCUUUUACUAGUAACCGGAAAACAUAAAAAGGGUCAAACACACUCUCUGUUUACAAACCAAUUACUCAUGUACUAUACGCGCGAAAUCGAGUAUAAUAUAGUAUUACAAUAAGCAAACAAGGUAUUAUUAUUAUUAUUAUUUUUUUUUUAUUUUCGAAAAUCAAAUAUACUCGUAAUGUAUACCGUCGCAUUUCGGAGACCGAUAUAAAUUACCGCCACGUACGAAGUUAUUAUUCCGUAAACUCGAAUAAUAAACCUCAGCAUUAUUGUGUGUUACAUAUAUUAUUUGCGUGCAGUAGGUAUACGUGUCGGUUUUAAAUAAGAGUUUUUUCUCUUGCAAAACUCCCCUUGUACCUAUCCGUGGUUAUUUCGGGCGUGUAUCGACUGCUCCCCCCCUUCCCCUGCACCGGUUUACAUGUUGAUUCUGCCUACUGUUUAUAAAAUAACAAUCGAUAUAUAUACCUAAUAUUAUCAGCAUAUUAUUACAGUAACACAUUUGUACCGUUUACAAAUAUUUCGUCUAUUGGGACGGAGCAAUUUGAAAUUGUUAAACGGAAUACACGGUGUAUUAAAAGUCUUCAUCCAAUUUCAAAAAUGUAUAUUUAUAUUAAAAAUGAAGAUAUAAGGGUGAAAUAAAGUAAAAUAUAUUCUUAAAAUAGUCAAGUUUUAUUUAGUUUGGUUACAAAUGUCAAUAUGACCCCCACCGGCAAAAAAAUGGACCGUAAACUUUUUCCCUGGAAAUUGCGCAGAAAACAUUGAUUUUUGGUGAAUCUCUUUGAUGCUCAACAGUUGCGUGUGAUUGCUCUGAAGCCCAAAUCAUGACAUUAUGGCGGCUGACUUUUCCACUUACAUGAAAUGUGGCUUCGUCCGAAAAAACAAUGCGUGAGACAAAUGACUCAUUUUCUCCUCGUUUUUCGGAUAUGAAAUUGCAGAAAUCANUUCAAUGUCAAACGACGUCGUAGAACACGCCAAACGGUCGAAUGUGGGAGAUCUAGCUCUAGGCCUGCACGACGUGUAGACUUCUGUGGACUUCGAACGAAACUUUGUCGAACACGCUCGAUGUUUUCGUCAGAGGUACGAGGUCGACCUGAGCGUUUCUGUGCACACAGACAACCACUUUCUUGGAACGUUUGGUGCCAACGUCGAAUGCUUUGAGCAGUAGGAGCUUCAGUUCCAUAAGUUCUUCGAAAAUCACGUUGAACGGUUAUUGCCGACUCACACUUAUUAAAACGUAGGACGCAAAACGCUUUCUGUUGCGGAGUCGCUAUAACGAAACAAUCUAACGGUUCCUUGUUCACUAAACAUUACGGUGCCAAAUUUAUCAACUAGAUAACGUAAAAUAAACUUAGUUAUCUAACCUUUACAAGAAUACAUUGAUCAUUAACCUGCGAUUAACCGUUGCCGAACUAUAUCAGUUCGUAAUCGGAUGAAGACUUUUGAAACACCGUGUAUAACAAUAUUUUCCUAGUUAAAACCGAGUAAAUCUUCGUUUUCAACAGUUGCAAUUUUCCGGCGACGUUUUGUUUUUCGGUAACGUUAAAUAUGAAUAGCGACAAGAUCGGUACAAAUAUUGAUGUCGGUGUACAGUAUACAUUAUAUACAUCAGUACAUUAGUAAAUAAUUUAGAUUGAUAUUUUGUUAUGAAUUAAUUGAAAAUCACAGUUCUUGGGUACAUAAAAAUAUAUGGAAAUAAAACAUCACAAUAAUAUAAAAUAAUGCGAAUGUUAUGUAAUUAGAUAAGUAUACUUACAGAUUAUCUAUAAAUUGUAUUUUUGUAUACAUUUUUUUUUUAAAAUGAUUAUUGUUAAUUCAAGGUUACCUUAUAUUGGCUGUGUAAUCUACAAAUAAUCAGCGGAAUCAACAUGUAUAAAAGUUCUGCGGAUUCGAUAUUAAAACUACAGAAUCGAUAAAAACAUUAUUAUUUUAACACUGUUUUCGAAUCGUAUUCUCACGAUGAUAAUGUGUACACUAAAAUUACAUCUACUUUUUAUUUUUCGAUUCGGAUAACAUUAAAGUUACAUUUGUGAAGUUCUCGCAGUUUUGUAUUGUUCUUUGUAUAGUUAUUGUUUUCCAGAAUUAGUGAGUGUAUUUGUUUAUAUAGCUGGUGUACGUGCAAGUUAUUGAUAUAUAUAUAUAUAUAAAUUUGGAAAAUAAUUUAAAUGAAAGUCAAGUUUCAGCAAUUAUUUAUUAUAGUGACUGCAGUAGUAUAUUCUCCAUUAAAUAUUUCGUAUCAAUUUAUCACCUUUAAUAAUAAAUAAACAGAAAUAACUUUAACAUAAAAUAAUCUCUCGACUAUAUACCAUUUUACUAAUUGAAAUGUUCAAACUUUGUGAAUUGUGACUUAUUGUGGGUAUAUUGUCUUGGAAGUUUAUCUUUAGGUUUAGUUUCUAUAUACGUAUAUGCCGGACGAAAUGGAUACUCAGUGUAAAGUUUGUUCGCGUAUAAGAAAAAAAAAAGUUUCAACCGGAAUUCAUUUCGCUAUCGCAUAGUGUUAAAAAAUUAAACAUACAUAUUUAUUAUGUAAAAAAAAAAAACAUAUUUCAGUGACUAUAAGUAGGUACUAAAAAAAAACUCGUCGAAAAAUUGUCGUACGAUAAAAAUAAAUUACGUAAAUUCUCGUUUUUGAUUCGGUAUUGAUUAACUUUUUAAGUUAAUAUUGAAAUGCGGGUAUAUAUAGAAGCUGUUUAUCCCAUUCUCAAAGAUAGUAUUUAAAGUUUGUUAAUAGGAUAAAUAAACAAUGUUUAGUACUGGUUUUUUUUUUUUUUUUUAAUUAACUACCGUUGGUUCACAGAUUUAUAAUAAAGUUGAACCGACGAAAAAAAAAAAACGAAAGUUGUACACAGAUGUAUUUUAAACGAUAAACGUAGAACAAUCUUUGUACAUCUUGUAAUUGAUUUAACGAUUUAAUUUUCUUUACUCUUAUAAUAAAUUAUUUUGGUUUUUAAUAUUUAAUUCGCGUAUGGUCAGGCGUUUAUUGAGAUAAAUAGGUCGAAUUAUUUUCGGUGUAUACCUGACCGUAAACGAAGUUCAAUGUUUUUAUCUGAAUGACUUAUUAUUAUUAUUAUGUUAAUUAUUGUAUUGUGAACGACUCGUGUACAUGCAUCAUAAUGUGAUGUCGAUUUUGUAUUAUCGAACUCGUUUACGGUUUUAAUUAAUUAGGUAAAAAAUAAAAUAAAAUAAAAAUAUUAAUAAUAUACUAUUAAAACGGCGAUUCUGCGUUAGUCGAAAAAUAUCGUAGACCGUUUUUCAAAAUAAUAUUGUAACAGUAUAUUAUAUUUAUUGUACAAUUAUAAUAAUACAGUGAUUGACUUAUUUUCGAUUUACAAAGAAACUUCGAGUGAAAAAAAAAAAAAAAUUUAAGUAAAUAAUAAUAAUCGUCGCAGCGCAGUACUAUACGGGCCCGAGCGGAAAAAAAAACCGUCGUUCGGCAUACGUACAAUAAUAUAAAGUCUAUGGUAAAUGUUUUUUUUUUUUUCGACUGUUAUGAUUAGUCGUAAAAGUAUUGUUGUCCCGACGUCGUCGUAGACGUCGUAGUGGGAACCCUUAGACCGUCGUUGUGUAUAUUGGACAUUACCGCGUUUACGGUGCACAAUAUAUAUAUAUAUAUAUACGUAUACGUAUAAUAUAAUGUAUACCGCGAGUGAGACUCGGGUCGAUGCGGUCGUCCGCGGGAAAGGUCGAUGACCCUUUCGAACAUUACACUGCCGCGGUAUUAUACAUACAUAUUGUAUUAUAUAGUACGUAUACGCGUAUAUAGUAGCGGUGAUGGUGGUAGUAGCAGUGGUAGCGGCGGUAGCAGUGAUAGCAGCGGCAGUAUAGAAGUGUCUGUAACCCGACGAGGCGUCCGCGUCUCGUCGCGCAUACGAAAAUCAUUUUCGGAUAUCCGUUUCUCCGGCGGCGGCGGGCGUGAAAUCGACAUCAUCCGACGAUGAUCCGCGGCCGCUGCCUUCGAUGUGCCCGGUGUGUUAUCGGUGUAACUUCGCUCGAACGGGCGCCGCCGUGCCAACACAGUGUAGUGCCGCUAUCCGGCUGUUGUUGGAUCGUCGUCGUCUGUGCGCGCCGCACCGGUGGCGGGAUUCGAUUUUCGAAUCACCGCACGUAAAAUCAAAGUCCGUCGAGAUCGGGAGGGGGUGAGGGGGUGGGAACGAAUGAAUAUUUCAUAAGUUCUUUUUUUUUUUAUUCCCAUUUUCCGACACCGAAUUAAAGAACGCGGGGGAUUAUUAAUAUUAUUUACACGAUCGCCCGCGUGUAAUAAUAUGUGAUCCGAGCCGUUAUGGACACGCUCUCGUUUGACCGCGUGAAGCGUUCAAUACGCUGGCGGGGUUUGUUUUUUUGUCUUUCCAUCAGUAAUAAACCGUUCGGUUAGGAAAAUUAUAUUACAUUUAUUAAAUCCAAUCACUUGUACGGGAUUCGAUUUCAAAAAUUUACACUGCAUUGUAAAAAGAAAAAAAAAUAAUAAUACGCUGAUAUUGCAGCCAACAGAAAGAGCGUGGCACUAUUUUUGAAGGAAAUUCGGAAGGGCGGCCCGUUCAGAGUGAUUUAAUUUAUACCAUCGCUAUCGAAAAACGAUUCCGAGCCGACUCUCGUAUUGUUGGUCGUGUGCGUUUCCUCGUCGUCAUGGUAAACAAUUGCCGUCGUUUUCCCACCUUUAAACAGUUCUAAGGAAAAUCUACAAAUGACUCUUUCAAUGCGCCAUCAACUAGACCGAAAAUGUUACAAGAAAAUGUCUAUACGAUAUGUUUGAUCGGAGCGAGAUUUUCGGUAGAACUGACGCAUCGUUGUAAUAAUAUAAUAAUAUACGUGUUGUAAAACCAACAUAUUUCUCGCCUCGCUCGGAAUUUAAAAUGAAUAUUUCAUAAGUUUUUUUUCUUCUAACCCCAAAUUAACGAACGCCACUCGGUCAGGGAUUUUUUUACUAUUAUUAUUUACACGAGUGUACAUAAUUUAUACAAUAUAAUAAUAAUAUAAUACGUAUAAACAGUUCGGUGUUUUGUGAUUAAUAACCCGCGCCGCGUCGUCGUCGUCGUCGAGUAAUAAUUGACGUUUAAUUCGUCGGUUUAUAAACACACAGGGGGCUACCUCUGCUGUACAGUUUCCCUCCUACUCCUCCUACACUGUUUACUGUACAGCAUAUAUUAUAAUAUUAGUGGUAAAGGAACUCUAAUUAUCAUAAACUAAUUAACAUGUUUGAUUGCACGCGCGCGCGAGUCGUAUAAGUAAAACGGCGUGCAUGUGCCGCGACUGGUUUGCGGUCUACGGUUUGAAUUAAUACGUAUUAUUAUUAUUCUUAUAUUAUCCGACACCGAGUCGGCUUUAUUGGGCCGACUUGCUUAUUAUUACGUAUUAUAUCGGUAUAGUACAUCGGUACACGACAAUGUUCAAACGGUUUGGUUUUGUCGAUAAUAUACGGUCAUAUUGUGUUAUUAUAUGCUAGAAUCUCAACUCCCAUGUUCCGGGAAAAAAAAAAAAAAAAAAAAAAAAUGGGGGAAAUGAGUUAGCGACAUUGUUCCUAUAUAAGAUUUUUGAAAACGAAUUCGAUCCGGCACGUUUCGAAACGCACAAGAAUCAGGUCUAAAUUUAAUCGAAAACUAGCGUGUUGUUUCAGAAAUAACAAGUUCCAUUGGAACAUGUGAGUUUUUAUUUACCGAAUUCCGUUUAACCCGUGUCAAAAAUCAAUUGAUCAGUAAUAAAUUAUGUAUAUUUUUUAAUAAAUAAAUUUUAAAAUUCGUAUUCCAUUUUAACUAUUAUCAAAACUAACAUGUUCCAAACAUUAACCUCGAAAAAAUAUAUACAAAUGACGACUAAAAUCUUAACUUUUAGUGACAAGUUUGAGUUUUUUUUAGCUUAAAUUGCAUAAGAAAAGGGGUAAAAAUUUGUAUUUUGUAUUUCUUUAGUGAAAUCUUUUCAAUUUUAUUCGUUUUCUAACAAAUGCAAUUUUUAAAACAUGCGAGUUUUAGGUUACUCAUAUAACAUUUUUAGAUCUAAAAUGUUUUUUUUAGAUUCUGAACGAAACGAGAAAUAUAUAGGUUUUACUUUAAUAUUAUGAAGUGUGUUUUUUUCCUUGGGUCUGUAUACUACUUUUCUACCAGAAUCUCGUUCCGAUCAUCAGAGUUUAGUGGUAGUUUUUGGUGGCGCAUUGUGUAUAUUCGGUGAGUCGAGGUCAUGAAAAACGAGACAAUUUUACGCAAUAACGGUUUUUGUUAUUUUCGAUUUUUUUUUUGUUAAGUGUUAAUUAGUUAAAAUUAACCAUGAAGACUCGACAUUUUCACAGAAUACUUAUAAACUUCUCCUUCUAAACGUGGAAAAUGUUUAAUACAUUCUGACGAUUUUUAAACUUUUCAUACUCAUUUUAAAUUGUCGACUUUUAUAGUUCUUAUUUGAAUUAAUGUGGGUAAAACUGUUUUGGCCUAGUAAAAAUGUUUGGCAAUUCAACACGAAGUUUAUCAUACAAGUUGUAUGCUUAGUGAUAAAAAAAAAAAAAAUUGAUCAUGAUGUAGUACCUAAUUGUUUUUCAUGUAAGCGUUUUAAGUUGAAAUUUUAAUGCAAAUAAUUACGUUAUAAUAACGACAUUUCAAAAUAUGCUUAAUUUUUCUCAGAAUCGUUUUACUUUAGCAAUGUUUUAUCAUCGCAUUCAAAUAUAAAGUAAAUAAAAUUACCUAAUAAAUUAGGAUUUAUAUUCUAUUUUCUCAAAUUUAAAAAUACUUGUUUUACAUAGAAUUAUUUACGGAAAUUUACGGUAAUUUAUGUAUUAUCUAUGGAUAAAAGUGUGGCUAGUAAUUAUAUGUUUUCUUUUUCGGUGCUUUAGGUACGUAAUACAGUAUUUUUAUAUUAUACAUUGUCACAUAAUCGGUUUUAAAGUUUUGAUGUGAUUUAAAUAAUAUAAUGUCGAGAUAAUCUUCAGAAAAACACUUAUGAAGUUUACGCAUCUCACUAUAUUCAUAUUAUUAUUAUUAUUUGAAUAUCACAUUUAGGAGUUAAAAAACACUAUAACAAGUCACUUUGGUAAUUAAAAAAAUAAACUAUUGUUAUGAAAAAAAGUAAAAUAAUAAGUGUUUUAAUAAUUAAUUAUAACUUGAGGAUCAUUUUAAUUUUACGAUUUAGUUACUUAAAAAUUUGAAUUUUUUUUUUAAUAUUCGUAUGAAUAUUUUAUUCAUGUAUUUCGUAUUAAUAUUGACUCUAGUUUGAUAAGAGAGCUGGUAUAAAACAUUAGUCCAGUCUCUCCACCAUAUUGUCAAAAUCAAUAUUUUUGCAAAUUGUACACAUUAUUAUGUAAUCUAUUUGUAAAACAUACACAGCUUUUUCCCGCAAAAUGUUUUAUUUUUAUCAAUCAUGCAUGGUCCGUUUGUGAAACUAAUAUUAAGGCAUGGAAAAUAAGAGUCUUGGCUAUUUAAAUACGGUUUUAUCGGUGCCAUAACCAGACAUUUUGUUCAAGACAGUCUCCUUAAUAAGCUGCAGGGUGCAUUUUUUUUUUUUACAGAAUAAUUUGUUUUUGUUUGAUAAUAACUAGUUUAAUAAUUACUUAUAUAAAAUGUUCACGUUGAUACCUUCGAAAAGUUAAUUAUUUUUGUAUAGUUUACAUAAAACACUCGAAAAAAGAAAAGAAAAGUAUCUGUAGAAAUAAAUAAAAAAAAAAUAAUGAUAUUAUUUUCAAUACUUUUUAUUUUGCAUAAAUUUAUAUACUUAUCUACCUAUCAAAGUUAUCAAAGUUAAGAAUUUAAUUUUAUUAUUCACCCUGAUAAAAUGCGGGGUAUAUAAGUUAUUACAUUCUAUUCCAAAUUAUCUAUUUCAUAUAAUCGCAGUCCUAAUUGAAUCUAAUCUAUACAACGAGUUACCGAAAAUUAACCCUUUAGCUAAGACAAUAUCCACUAUAGGUACUGAUUUUCCAGUUAUAGAAUCGACAAGUAUUCUUUAAAGUUCUUCCGUUAAAACGUUCUGAUUGAUAUAAAUAUUAUUUUAAUAUAAGUGUGGAAAUCCUUCGCGUCAAUCGUUCGUUCAUUUCGAUAUUUACAUAAACAAAUACAUCUUCAGAUGAUGUUUACCAAGGAACCUGUUCAAAUCCUAUAAAAACAACGGCACAAUAUCAUGUAAAAAAAAGAAAAGAAGAAAACCAUCUAAAUGUUUUAUAUUACUUUACUCAAGAGACUGAAUAAACGUUUUGCCUCCCACCAAAACAAAUGUUUAAAAAAAAACUUGUAACGAUAAUUUGUAAUAAUGUAUAGGUACUAUUACUGAUAUGUAGAUGGCAAAAUUAAAUAAUUCGAUUGACGAUUGUUACAAAAUAUUUUUCUAAAAUAAUAUCUUAUGAUAACUAGAAUGGUUUUUGAUAACUGCCCUGGUUUUCUAGAAAUGGAGUGUUUUGUAUCACUGUUAAGUCCCAGUACGUAAAACUUUGAUUAAUUGCGUUUCUUUUUUCGUUUUUUUUUUUUUUUUUGUACUACUAAUUUUAUCUUCUAUAUUAUUAUGCUGUUAUGAAAGUAACACUUUAUAUGUUUUAGAAUUGUUGACUUGCAGUCUAAUUACUUUUAACAGAUGCUGUUGUUUUUAAUGGAAUUAUUAAAAAGUUACAUUUUCUUUUUUAAAUUAAGAUACGAAUCUAAGGUUUUACUAUAUUGCAACUAAUGUAUACGUCACAAAUGAAUAAUACGAGUAUAAUAUGGUCCAAGUUUAUUUUUACUAUUUAAUCCAACUCCAUGACAUUGCGUAUAUGUAUGUAGGUAUAUAUAGUUUUUAUGUUUUCUUAAUGAUUGCGCUUAGAAUCACAAGAAGUGUAUUUUAAGUGCACUCACCUAUUGAGUUGAUGAACUCGUUUUCGACAGUAGUGUUGUAUGAGUAAAAUCGUAUACCUACAAAAAAUUACAAAAAAAGUAUUGUUUGUAUUUAUAUUUUGUUUUUUCGUAAAAAUAAUUAAAAUUUACGUCUUUAUUAUUAUAAUAUUUGCUUAUGCUUUGUAAUAAUAGACAUCUAGGAUAUAUUAUUUACGUAUAAUAUUGCGUUUAUAAUUGAUCAUGCUGAAGAUUGUACAUUCAAUUUUUUUUUUAAUUUUAAUUUAUUUCAUUCGAUUGUAUAUUUUUAGGACUAGGUGUACAUGUUUUAUUUAUCGACAGUUCAAUAAAUAAGUAAAGGUACGUUUUGUGUAUACACUGCAGUAUUCUUGUAGAUUUCGAAUGAUCGGAUUUGCCUAAUCUAUUUAUCUUCAGGGUUUGGUGAACACGUUAUUUAUGGUCAGUUACAUUCGGAGUGGCUUGCUGUACGAUAUUAUAGAAAAUCUGGAUAUAAAAUGGCUAUAGGGAUAUAUAUAUAUAAAAGGUCGAACCAAAUAAUAUAUUCAUAGAUUGAACGAACUCCUUUUGCAAAACCGUUUAGUUAUUGAAACUCUUAUGUAUUUUUAAAAAUGCCAUUUUUCUUUUUUUAAAUUUAAAUUUAUUGUUCUUGAAUAUAUAAUAAUGUAAAAAUAUUUCGAUAUUUUAAAUCCGUUAUAUGAUGGUUAGUCAAAUAUUUGUUCAGUAGUAGGUAUUAUAGUAGGUAUAGUAUAUCUAUGAGAUACGUAAACAGUUUUUGAUAAAAUAAUUAUAUUAUUGGAAUUUGAAUUUGAAAACUGGUAUAUUAUCGUUUGAAAAUCUUUUUACUAAACUGUUUCUAAGACGAGCACACGUUUAAAAGUUUAUAAGCCGGUACCUGUAUUUGUUUUUUUUUUCCCAAGUCAAUAAAUAUUCCGAAAUAAAGAGUGUAUAAUAAUUAAUACUUUAUCCGAGUUGAAUCGUAUAGACACACUCAACUUUUUUUUUUCGCUAGACGAAAUUAUAAAAACGCAUAUUUUUCGUACAAUAGAUGCACCUUAAAAAUUAUAUUAUUCAAUAUAGGUAUACACGUUAUAAUGUGUUUGUAGAUUUAAUUAACUUGAAAGUACAACGAUUUGUAUUAAACAGUGUAAAUUAUUUUUACACUCUAUGUUUUGCCGAACAUCGAAACACUUGAGCAGUGCAAGUACAAAGUUUCAUGGUUUAUGGAUUUCACUGUAUAUGAUGAGUAUAAUGAAAUUUCAGGAGUUGCCUAUAUUUAUAAUGUUAACCUUUGGAUGCAGUUGGCUUUUAUAGCUUAUUUUUAUUGUACCCGAUAAGUAUAUAAUAGAUAUAUAGUGACGAGUAACUGCAAUAAAUCAGUAUAAAAUACAUGAUCGACGUUUUAAAAAUGUUUACGAGUAUCGCGUAAAAUAAGCUCGGCUUUUAAAUAAAUUCGUUCGCAAUGAGAAAAAACAAAAAUACCACGGCGCGAGUAAUUUACGUUUAUUUCUAUUUUACUACACUUACCUACUAUUAUUUAUUUAUUUAUUUAUUUUAGAAUUGUUAUUGAGUGUAAGGAGAUCAGCAUUGAAAUGUUAACAUUUUCUUAUUGCACAUUUUUUCUAUUGUUUUUAUUGUUUUGUUUUUUCUCGGUUAUCGACUAUCGAAACAUAAAAUAACCAAUAGUGUAGUAAUCCAUUUUGUCGGAUUUAAAUUAUACGAGUACUGUAUACCUAUUGAAAAAGUUGGCAAACGAAACUUUUAAUCAUUUUCACUACCAAACUCGAAAUGUGCUGUGAAAAAAAAUCACCCGUCACUUUCCCUUCUAGGCCUUAUUUUUUUUAAAAAAAAACGUUUUUUGUUAGUACAAAUAGCUAAAGUAAGAGAAUUACUUAAAAUAGUCUUGCACUAACUGUUGUGCGAUUUAAAUUAAACAAUUUAUAUUAUAAUUUGUACAGAUUUCGUUGUAUCAGGUUUAAGUUCGAAACGGAUAAUUAAUUAAUUAUUCUUGAUAAGUGUGUCAAAAUUUCAUAAUAAUAAUAUAUAUAUUUUUUUUAACGUACCAAUUAUUUUUGAGCCUUGUCAGAAUAGGGUGUUAAAUAUCUAAUAAUGACUAACAACGGUUUUAUCUAACGUUAUUCGUUUGAAUUGUACGUCGUAUUAAUGACUAUUUUUUUUUAACGUUAACUGCAUGGCGAUAAUGUCGCUUGUCAUUCUUUAUCGUGACAUAUAUGUAUGUAUUAUGAUUUAAAGGUCCCUAUCGUUCGAAUUCAAAUAAAAUGUUUAAUCUAAAUUAAUUCGAUUCUAUGUUAUCUAUCAAUUUAAUGUUUUCGAUUUGAUUAUAUUCAAAAACCAUUAAAUCUGUUUGUAUACUGAGUUAAUGUUCAUCAAAUUAUUGUAUUGUUCAUUAGAUGAUUAUAGACACAAUAGGUAAUAUUAUAGCUUUAGAAACGAGGAUGUCCAGUUUUAAUUAUCUAUGUAUUAUAAUAACACGAAACCACAACGAUUUUAUUAUUAUUGAUUUUUUUUUAACCGUGUGGCAUGCAAUUUAGAAGCUUUCUUGUUACAAUGAAAAAAGCCUGGGCACACCGUGGGUAGGCUAUUAAAGAUGGGGAGUUUUUAAAAUAUAGGGUGUAGGGUAAUUUAUGUUAUGUACUGAAAGCAGCGAUAAAUCAUUACAAUUAAAAAAUGUUUCUGAGUCAAGAUCGGUAACUUGGUCUGGUAAAGUUUGUUUCUCUUAUUACGGUACCUAGUCAACUUAAUUAACAUAAAAGAAAUCGUAAAAAUAAAACCACCGUAUCUUCUUUUGUUGUCAGUUUUUUAAUAUUUGUUAGAAAAAAACUGUUCGGAAUCGAGAAAAAUGAUUUAAAUAAAUAUUACUCCUGAGCGAAAAUUCUCAUUUUUUAAAUUACGAUGUGAGCAAUUUAAAACACUCAUUUAACUAAUCUUCAAAAGUGAUAAUAAACCAUCUCGGGAGUGAAUUGUCGAGAAGUUUAAAAAAUUGUUCAAGUAUUAUGUAUCACUGCGUGAAAAAUCGUAGCAUUUUUCUAUUUAUUAGGAAUAAAUACCCAUGUUCAUUACUAUUAUGAUUUUAGUAGCCAGUUUAUAUAAAGUUAUGGAUUAUAAUAUAGGUACUUAUCUCAUAAUAUAUUUUAUAGUUUAUGCUUUAUAUAGUAAUAUAAUCUUAAUACUCGUAUAUAAAAUUAAUUUGAUUUUAUAUAUUAAUCGUGAUCUAAUAGUUAUAAAAGUUAUUAAUUAAAACAACAUAUAAAAACAAUAUUUAUUGAACGAUAUAGUAAUUGUAUAUCUAAUCGUAAAUUCUGAAUACGCACGCGUUAUUCGCCUAAUUAAUAACCCGAUAAAGUACCUAUAGUAAAUUUCAAAUAAUUAACGCAUAAUAGUAUUAUUAUUAUCGUCCGAUGAGCUAUAGGUUUUCUACCUAAUUUCUAUAAUACAUUAUUACAUAAUAUCGAUUAAAUUAUCUUUCCCCGUAGGUAAUAAUGUUUUAAAACUUUUUUUAUUUUUCGGUCGGGUUUUAAUAUCAUGAAUUAUAAAAUAUUUACCUUAACAUAAUAUUUUGUCAAACCCCGACGUUUUUUUUUUUUUUUAUUUUUUAUUAUAACUCGGAGAAGGCGUGUGUUGGUUUAUGUUGUGCUUUUCAUAUUUUUAUUAUAUCGUCCCUUAUACACCAAAAUUGUUUAUACACGUUGAUUGAUAGGGUCGAGCCGCGUGAAAAAUUCAAAGCGUGAGGAAAGGUCGAUAAUAUUAUACAAACGUUGUCGAUUAUCUCUCUUUAUAAAUUACCUCGCGGCGGUGUUCAGAGAAUAUAAAUGCAUUUUAAAAAAACAAUUGUUUUCAUUUUGUGUGAAUAAAAAAAUUCCACUCAAAUUACUAUAGGUAAUCUAUAACUCUCUUGCGUAGUAUAGAAAUGAUAAUCAUUAACAAUUGAAUAUUCGAAUAAAUAAUAAAUAGGGCAGCUGCCAGUUAUUUAUACACUUUUCCAUAUUGGUUGAUGAAAAAAAUGUAUGUAUAAUAUAUACAAUAUACUAGUUAAUGAUAGUUUAUGCCAAAAUGUAUUUCGUGACCUAACGAUUCUAUACGACAUUUUAUUUUCCGUAUUUCGGCGUUUUUAGAUUUUUCGGGUUUAUUUAAGAAUUUCGUACAUUUCUAACUCAACAAAUCGAGAAUUACACGAUAACAAUUCGAGAUUUACAAACAUCAGCCAGGGAGCAGAUCAUUUGAUUGUCAGAACAUAUUUUCAAUUAUUUUAUGAUAAAAAAAAUAUGAAACAUUUUUGAUAGGAUUAAUAUUACAAUAGGUAAUACAAUCAAAUGUUCAAUUUCAUUUUCUGAGCAAAAUGAGAUUAUUAUAUUAUUUCUUAGGUAUAUUUUUUUUUUAGUGCGUAUCUGCAUUCAUAUUAAAUGGUUUUUUAAGUCGUAGGUAUUUAACGUCUACCUAAACAAUAAUAAUAAUAUUAUAUUCGAAAAUAAUACAUUCAAAUUAUAUUCAUAUUCUUAUUGCGAGUACGUUUUUUCCUCGGCUUUAACGUUUUGUUUACCGUAUAGUGGGUAUUUGCACACAGCAUCACGAGUACUUAUAAUAAAUCAUGGACUUUUCUUCGGUUUGUGUCUACAUAUAGUACAUAAUAUAAUAUACUUUGUGUAAAAACGGGUCGACCAAAUACGUAUUUAUUUUUUUUUAUUUAUUUUUUUUUUACGACUUCGGGAUCAUUAUUAUUAUUAUAGCAGGUACAUAAUAGUAAUAAUAAUACCGUUGAUUGUGACGUGUUAACACUGGUAUAAUAUCAGUAACGUAUAUAUUAUAAUGUAGGUAUAUUACGGUACGUACAAUACCAUUAUUAUAAAACACAAUAAUAAUUGUUAUUAUUAUUAUUAGACGGUAUCCUUACAUACAGAAGGAAGAGCGCCGGGGCAAACACCGAGUGCGUUAUUUGCAGUGCUGCGGCGGCGGGUGCACUACUGCGGCGUGUACUUAAGUCUUCUUUGUGCGCCGCACAAGACAAAUUCGUUUAUUGUUCCCGUUUUUGAAUUGGUCAUUUAGUAAUUGUAGGCCGGUUGUGUAUACACGGUCGCGUAGAGUCGUAUAUAAAGGUAUACCGUAUGCUAUAUAAAUAAAAAUUUUCGUACUCGACGCGUGCAACUCGUAUAUAUUAUUAUGUAUAGGUAUAUAUUUGUCAUGUACACGGUUUAUAAUGCGGUAGCUCGAACUAUAACGUACAGUUAUAGGGUAUUCGAGUCUCGUGAAUUAUUUAUUUCGCAGUAGAAACAAAAAAAAAAAAAAAACUAUACCUAUUUAUUUGAAUACAGUUAUACUAGUUAACUUUUUUUUUUUAUUCUUUCUGAAAUAAAUCACAUAUAAUACGCGCGUGCACGGGCGACAUAAUAACGCGUAUUGCGGAACACAUAAUAUUGUAAUGUAUAUUUUCAAAAUAUUUAUUAAUGUUUCGAGUAUAAAUUAAUUCUCGGACAGAUAUACAUAAUUAUUAUUAAUGAUAUAAUUACGAAUUUAUACGGACAACAAUAUUAGAUACUUAGAAAAUAUUAUGUCGAAUUUUAUCAUAUAAUGUUUAUAAUUAAUUAUAUUGUGGUAUGAACGCGGUUUCGCGAAAAAUUUGACGAUGCAUUUUUAUAUAUUGUGUGUAUACUGUAACAAUAAUGCGAGUUUCAUUCUGAAUUUAUUGUUAAUGGUUUAGAGGUACAAUAAUAAUAAUAUUUGUAUAAAACACGAAAUCGAAUAAAAUUGAUUACAGUUGUAUUCGUCGUAUGUUCGAAUAUUUGAUCAAUAUUUAUUGAAAUGUGUCCGUAUAUAAUAUCGCUAUAUUAUAUAGUGUACUUGAACCGUUAAUAAAAAAUAAAAAUAAAUAAUAAUAAUAAAAAGAAUAUAGUUGGUGGUAAUAUACGGUCGUUAUUCAUAAAUGCGUUCGAGUUUACUAUAUUCGACCUAUUAGUUAUGUGUUCUGCACGUUAGUAUUUUUGCAGUACACUUUUCCCAAUUCAUUUUUCCUAUUUUUAUUUUUUCUAAAUCAAAGAUUCCCAAUUUUAAUAUUUAAAAUGGAAAAAAAAAUUUUCCCCUAAAAUUAGGUAUUCUUAAAAUAAUACAUUUUAUAAAAAAAAAAUCAUUAAUACAUAUUCUCUAUUUCAAUAGGCAUAUAUUAUUAAUUUUGGAUAGUUGAAAUUCAAUAACUAUUAUUAUUGAUUGAGUAAAAUUCGUAUUUAUUUAUACAUUUAGGAAAUUAAUAUUCACGGAUGACAAAUUUGUUUUAUAAUAUAUUGCCCGAGGAAAAUUAUAACUAGUACCUAAUUAACUAAUAACAUUUCUUUGAUCCCAGGAACGAGGGCUUAGAUUAAUUUUGUAUAGUUAUCAAUACGAGAGCCAAUUAAAUUUUGAAAAUAAACUAAUUUACAUUUUACAAAAUUUAAAAACAUUAUUAUAUUUAUAUUGACAUUUAAAAUUGAAAAAUAAUCAUUUUGGUAUCGGGCAAAUUAACUAUCAGAAAAUAUUGCACCGAGAAAAAGAACUUAUGAGAAAAACGUUAUUGAGUAAAAGAUUGUUCCAGAAAAACAGAUUGCGUAAAGUGUCUCCUUACCGUUUAUCAUGUUGUCAUUAUAAUAUUAUCACGCCGUUUUAAUAAAUACUAUUUACAAUUUUUGCUUUAACCUUGUCUAAUUACAUUUUUUUUUAUUUUAACUUAACAACGCUCGAAAGUUACCUUAUAAUAAUGUAUAAUAUUGUGUUGAGAUAGUGAUAUUAUUUAAUGUACAUUUUUUACCGGUAUAAUAGGCAUAGUAUUAAUUUUACUAAAUUUAACACAAUAUGGAGGCAACUUAAUUUUAAUGUUAAUUUACGAAAUAAUUGUUUUAUUUUAUUUACGAAAUUACGCCCGUGGGCAUUUACAAUAUUAUGACUCAGAGUACGGGGUAAAACUUGCAUAGUAACAAUAUAUACAAAUGAGGUUAUACGUUAAAAUAUAUAUUAAAAUGACAGAAAGUUACAAAAAUUAACAGUCUCUAAACUACGGAGUAAAAUUACUGAGAAAAAGGGAAAGCAUGAUAAGCGAUGAAUAGGGUAGUGCUUGUGAGAAUAUACGUGGUGAUUUAAAAUUUCCUAUUUGAAUUUCAAAAGUUGACCUUUGAAAUCUUUCCAAAAAGAAAUUAAAAAAAAAAAAUGUAUAAAUUAUUUUAGAUGUUAAAUCGAAAAAUGUGUAUAAUACAUUUUUCUCUAUUUUGAAUACUUACAUGAUAAAAUGGUUGUAACACAAAUUUUGAAUCUAUUUGCAUAGUCGUGUGUGUCGGUAUAGCGAACUGAUAAUAAUUUCGGGUAUUAUAAGAAGGAAUUUACUAAGAAAGUACAUAUAGUGUAAGCAGCAUCUGCAAGUAUUGCUUAGAUAAAGUUUUGAUUCGUAUUAAUGGUUAAAAUAAAGAGAAAAUAAAACACGUUUAUUUUGAUAAAAAAUGAUACUAUUGAAAAACUAAUAAUUUUACAGAUCCAAAAAUAUUAAAUACUUUUCUUUAUAAAAUGUAAAAUAAGUUCCUUUGCCCUAAACUCAAUCUGUGAGUCAAAACAGUGGAUGAAAUGCUUUUGUUGCUAAAAUAUAAAUACAAGUAAUAAUACGCGAGAUAGAGAAAACAGAUGUUAGUAUUUUUAAUUAUUUAUUAUUAAUCCAUUAGUAUUAAUCCAUUUUCAAUGUGUGAUUCAUUAAAAAACAGAUACUUAGAAGAUUGUAAACAAAAGAUUGGUCUGUUUCAGGAAUGUAUAAUUGACACUGGAGCUGGAGUAUAGAGAAUUAAAAUAAAAUGUUUGGAAAAUAGGUCGACUACAUCAUUAUUAUGUUUACUAUCAACUAGAUUAAACAUAUUUAUUUUUACGAAGUCCCCAAACCUAGACGGGUUAGCAAAAACAGUUGCCUCGGCAGACCUAAUAAAUUGUAGUAUUCUUAGUCAAUAAUUUAUAUUUAGCCCGUAAAAAGAAAACUUUUGGUAAUCUAUCACAUUACACGUAUUUUUAAAGACAAGGUAAUUGGUUAACUAAAAUAAAGUAUAUAGACAGGGCUGGAUGAUAACGAUCAUGGGAUCAAGGCAGUAUUGACACAGAAUUGAUAAUGGUUAACAAAGAUAAGACCUAAUACCGACCCAAUAUUAAAAGUCACGAGCAUUAAAUUUAUUAAUAAUAGUUGUUUUAUUAGUUUAUAUUUUACAGUUAACAUUAUUGCAGUCUAAAUAUCCAUUACUUAAAAAAAAAUUAACAAAGAUGUUUCUACGCUUAUUUAGCUCGAAAAAUAUUAAAUUGUUGAAAUAUCCUAUGAAUCGUUAUUCAAAACGAUAUAAUAAUUCAAUAAUUUAAUUUUCUACGGGCUGAAUAAGUGUCAAUUUUUUGUUUUUUUUUCGGUCCUGGUCCACUCUACAAGUCGGUUAGGUAUAAAAAAAUAUCCGUCGUAAAUUUGUCUUGAUAUCUUUUUAAUUUUAUAUAACGUCUCGAUUUUAUGAUUUAGUUACCCUUAAAGGUACGUCAGUAUUCUGCGACAUCCUCGGCGUCGUUAAAAUCUUAUGUAAAUGGCGGGUGGGGAGGGGAUGAGCUCCGAGUAAAAUUAAUACAAUUUUAGAUGUCGUCGUAUUAACCGCUGCCUUUGUGCGACUCAUUUAUCGCGUUAAAAUAUUAUCACCCGAUGACGUUAUUUCAUAAUAAUUAUUAUAAUAUAAACAUAUUUUACCUUUUAAAGGUCGGCGGUUGUCGAUUGAUAGUAUUUAUAUAUAAUCGCAUGCGAAUAAUAAUUAGCGCCACGUUAUAUGUUAUUUUAAGAGGACGUCACACCCGCGCGUGUGCUGUCUCAAUCGAACUAACGGAAAAUAUAGCAAAAUCUACCUUAUGCAGACUGCGCUUGCUUUUGCCUCCGUAAUAUUGUGCUCUUUUUAAUUUUAUAACGGGCACUUUUACUCCAAAACUAAAAGCACGCGAGUUCUAUAUGCAUUCUGCGUGAGGUCGAUUUUACCCGUUAGUACCGGACUGAGACAGUAUACCAGGUGAUCUAUUUAAGUCGGUUUCACCGUACUUUUUCCUAGAACAUUUAAGAAAUAAGCUGCUCUACAAUAUUAUAUUUAUGUUAUUGUUUGUCACCCUUAUUUUGGGGGUAAAACAACCACCCGCUUUUGAUUUCCAAAUGUUAACCUAAAUUAAAAAGUUCAUAAAUAGAUGUAGUAUUAAUUAAAAAAGUAGUAGAGAGUAUAGUUGAGUAUCAUUUGUGUGAGGCGCACGGCGCGCGGCAUGUUAAUAAUGCACCACUCCUCUCUCCUUCAACCAAAACAUAAAAGUGGAAUAUCGCGUCAACGGAUCGACGGAAAUCAAAAAUGUCAACGCUGAAAUGUAUUUUAACUAAUAUUCCAUCUGUUUAUGGAAUUCUUAAUGUAGGCUGCUAUUUGAAAAUCAAAAGUAGGUAGGUAGUGGUUUUACCCUCGGAAAUAAGAAUGACAAAAAAUAAUUUAAAUAUAACAAUUGUAGAGCUGCUAUUUUCUUAAAUGUUCUAGAAAACAAAUCCUAAAAAAACGUUAGUACUUUCCGAGAUAAUCAGUGUACCCAUUCAAAUGGAUCACCGGUACACGCGCGAGUGUAACGUCCUCUUAAUAGGUUCAUCGACGUGUUGUCGUAACGCUGGUGAGGGAUGCGCGCGACAAUCCCCGUGCAUUCGUCACACCGUACAGUUCUUAUUUACGGUUGGUCGGCGGGUUGGUCGGUUUGCGGGGUAAAUGUGGGCAGGUAUGAUAUUAUUAUUAUAAUACUCUUUAACAAUCGACUGCAAGUGCGCCGUCGCUAAAGUACUCCGUUACAAUAUUAUCGCCCGGGGCUUAAGAACCGCGUAUGUAUUAUAAUCAAAUGAUUUCCGUUUCGUUGUACGCCAAAUAAUAUUAUAAUAAUUGCCUAAUAAUUUACUAAGGAAGUAGGCCGAUGUAACAUAGAAUAUGGAUAUCGUGCUUUUGAAACGAAAUCAAUUUUCUCGAAUGUCUUAAAUUAUAUAUUAUAAGACUAUAAUAUUUUGUCUUGCUUAUUUAUAGAUCAGUAAAGACGUGGAUCGGGAAUUUUCAAUGAGAUGAGGGAGAAUGUAGAUAAUAUUAUAUUAGUCAUAGCAACGAAUCUUAUCUAUUCUUUAUUAUCUGCAACUCGACAAUACGAAGGCCUUCGGAUCAAGAACAAAAAAAAUAAAACAAACAAAAAUAGACAUUUUAUUGAAUAAAUCUAGCUAGGUUGAACCAUAUAAAUUUAAUGAUUGGUUCUGCAUUACUCAAAUACUCAUAGUUGUAUUAAAAACAUUUAGAAAGAGAACUAUAAUACUAUGCUCUUUUUAAAUAUAAAUUCAAAUACAAAAUUAAUAUUAUAUAAAUCGUUAAAUUUAAAUUAUAAAUGCGUUAAUUAAUAUAAUUAAUUAUUUAUGCAUUCAGUUUCUUUUCUUCUUUAGAAUAAUAAUCCGAAUAACAUAACUUAAAUUGAUUCACUCAAGUAUUUUUUUUUUUUUUUUUUUGUAAACUAUAUAAUUAUUAUUAUUGAUUGUCAACGUUUAUCAUACCUAUACGCGAUGUUGCUAUUUCUUAAAAAUAAACGUAUUGAUUCAAAAAUUAUUCGUUUGGCUUGUAGCUCGAUUUGGCAACAGAUCAAUAAUAAACUCGUUAUCACGAUAGGUAGGAGGUAUGUAAUCGAAUCAGCAAUUUGACCGAUACUUUUACAGAUAAUGUUAUUAUAAUAUGUUUUCGAUUCGAUAUAUUUUUAUUUUAAAUUAAUUGAUUACCUAUGAAUUAAAAAAAAAAAAAAAAAAAAAAAAAAAAAAACCAAAAAAUAUAAAAUAACGAAACAAUAAUUUUAUUCCAAACGGAAUUGUGUUAAAAUAUACGCAUUCCAAAAAAACUUCUCGAAUAUAAUAUUAUAAAUAUUUACGGUUAAAACGGUCUAUAAUAUAUAAUAAUUAAUGACGGUAUAAAUGUUUGAUGCUAGAUUAAUUAAUAUUAAUUAUUUAAUUUAAUGUUUGACUAAUCAGUUUUAAUUAAGUAAUUAUAAUUGCGGCGUUAAAAUCUUAACGCAAUCUAGACAGAUAGAACACGAUUUUUAUCAUUUGUAAAACGUUUAUUUCUAAACUCGAAACACAUGCACGGAUUAGUGCCGUCACGUAUUUCAAUUUUAUUUUUAUUUUUUUUUCGUUUUAAUACUUUAUUUAAUUCUUUUAUUACUAAAAAUACCGCAACUGUUUUUUUAGUAUUUUUUUUUUUUUUUAAGUGAAUAUUUGUUAUUUGAAAAAUGCUAUACACAUCUAUGUAUAUAAUAUUAUAAUAUAUAAACACGCGCGAAUGGAAAAUGAGCAGCAGUUUGACUAAAUAUUUUACGAAAGGUAAUUGAAUUUCGCACGUUAUCAACUGCUGCAGCAGCAGUAAUGUAAACGUUUUGUGAAAACUUAUACGCCGCAAUCAUCGGUUCAACUGUAUACCUACUAGAUUGUACAAUUGUGUUUUGGUUUUUAAUUAAAAUAAUCCGAUUACGACGAUUUAUGGAACGUUGUUUUAACUAAAACAGAUAUAUAUAUACAUAUUUAUUUGAUUCUCUUAAAUAAUCGUGUUCAGUAUAUUAAAAAAUAUGUUUGCGUUUAAAAUAAUUACACCUUUAUAGUAAUAGAGAGGGGGAUAUUGUCCAAAGUUAAGCAAGUCGUUCAAAAUGUCUAACUUGUUGUAGAGUUAAUAAAUGUGACGGUUAUAAUAAAGAAACCAAUGGGUCUGAUUUCUUUGAAUUAUCCGAAGUUAUUCGUUAAAAUUAAUAACUUGUGAUAGAAAACAAUUAAAAGUCGAGUUAUUUUUUAGAUUCUAAGCGGAGCGAGGAAUGUAUUGGUCUUAAAAUGAUGUUAAUUUUUUCAUUUAUGAAAUGUAUUAUUUUAAAAUCGUAAAUAUAGUCAUAUUUACUGUCUUUCAAAACGUGCAUAACCGAUCUCUGAUCAGAAUUGGUUUCCGUUAGUAGUAAUUAAUCUUAGCGUACAGAUAUAUACAUUUAAUUUCCCCUCUACCUUCUCAGCUUCUCUCCUACAACAGCUUACCCAUCGUGCGAAGUAUGUUAGUGUGAUUUUUUGUUUUAUGGUGCUUAUACUUGGGUAUACUUAAAAAAUUAAAUUGAAUUAUCGAAAUUGAAUAAAAUCGCAAACAUACGCUGACGACAACAUCGAUUCCUAUUAAAUACUGAUUUCAUAUUUGUUUUACUUACUAUGAUAUUUUUUUUUUCUGGAAGUUAAUCUUAUUUAGCUGGUAUACUGAGGAGAUUUUUCUGAAUUUUCUUGUAGUAUUCUUAAUAAAUUCUUAAUAAAAUCCAGGAACGUUUACGGUUAAAACUGUCUUAUUAUAUUUGAGUUAGUAUUUUUUUUUUUUAGUAUAGAAACCUGCAAUUUUCACACAUUGUCAUAAUUUAGCUUUUUUAGACGUGGUAAAUUAUUCAAAACAUUCAAUAUUAUUUUCAUAAUUUGAAAUAUAGAUUUUCCAUAAAAGAACCUUCCGAAAAUUAACUAGAUAGGUAUAGUUAUGAGUACUUUUUUCUGAUCGGCGCGUUAGAUUUCGAACAUUUCAGGCUUUCAACAUGUUAAGUUAGAAAAUAAUUCAGAAAUUAAACUAACCAAUUAAUUUUAAAAUUAUAACCCAUUGUAACUUUUACACUCAACUUUAACUUUCUAUAAAUAUAGUUAAUGUCCACUUUUGAUAUUUUGUUCUUCUUUUUAAAUUUUGUUUUGGUACUAGAUAUUUUUUUUAGUUGCAUAAUAUAUUUCUUAUUCAAUAUACGUAAUUGCCUGGCUAAUAUGAAAAUAAAACAAUACGUUUCCGUAUAUAUAUAUUGUUACGUCUACAGCUUUAACGUUUAUGAUGUCAUUUUUAAACGUCCACAAAUGCAGACUGCGAUGAAUAAUGUUUUAUUCGUGAUGUCUAAAUACAAAAUGACUGUUUUCUUUUAUAAUGUCGAGGAUAUGUUAUUUAAAUAAUUUCGGAUAUUCUGGGAAAAUAAUAACAGUAUAGAGUACACUGUAUAAUGUAUAGUUUUUGUUUUUGUAGAAUAUUAAUAGUUUGUUCAAUUAUAACAUAUAAUAUACCUAUUCAUUUAACUUGCGACAAUAAUUGGCUCGUUAUUAUAAUUUACGCAUACGAGGUUUUGUGUACUUGGCUUAUAUAGCUUAAUAUAAUAACUGCAGUAAAUUGUAAUUUAAUACGAAAUUUCCAUCCUUUUUUUUUUUAGAAAAAAAUAAAAAUUAUGUUUGUAUAAAACAUGACCGAAUAAAUUCGAUUAACCGUUACACAUAACAUCAUAAAAAAAAAAAGGAAAACAAAAGUUAUUUGAAAUAAUAUACAUAUUUGUAUUGUACAUUAAAUAGUCUGGUACAGGUUUUAUACGACUAUCGUUAAACUGAUCUAUAGGAUCGUUACAUUUAUUUUCACGCAUAGACUAUAUUUUUAUGAAUAUGAAAAACAAAUUAAUAAUUAUAUUUGUUUUAAAUUUCGUUUACAAUAAUGUUUCAAUGAUGAUGGUACAUACAAACAAUAAUUCGAAAUUUUAUAAAUUAUUAUCAUAAAUUGCAGUGUUUGUAUAUAUAGUCGUAAAAAGCAAGUUUGUAUGUAUACAUGCAUAUAAGGAAUCGUAGAAAUUAUAUUUCAAACAACCCUACUUUAAUUUCGUUGUUUUAGUAGAAAUUAAAUUUUUACGCCGCAAUUUUGCUAAUUUGUUUUUCGUAUUUACUAUCGUAGGUGAUUUUUUUUUUUAUCCCUCUCUUAUUCAAUUAUAAUGAAAUGUCUGUGCUCAUACCGGUAUACUCGUAUGAAUAACGUUAAUCUCUUGAAUUAGGUGUUAUAUAAGAGUUUGUAUUAUUGAAACUUUUUUUUUCUUGUAAUUAUCUAAUUUGUUCACGUCCUUAUCACAUACACAAUUGCAUAUAUACAUCAGUAAAUAAUGCGUAUAUACAUUUAUUUAAAUUUAUAAUAAGCAGUGCCAGUUCACCCCGAAUAUGCCUACUUUUAAUUUUUGAUUCUAAAUAUAUUGUAUAGUACAUAUACUUAAAUUUUAAAUAAGUAUUACUAUUUUUAAUUAAUAAAAUCGUAUACAAAUCAAUAACAAAUCAAAGGCAUUCUUGGUUUUAUUGAAAAGUAAAUUACAUAAUAUACUAACUACACUAUUUUGUUACGAGGUUGAGAACCGUAAAGUAUAGUGAACAACUGUUUUACUUUUUUGUACUUUGUUGAGUGUAACAAUUAGUACAUAUUACAAAUUUUAUUUAUUUUUUUAGAUUCUAAGCACAACGAGAAAUCUCGCUUCCGAUUUCGAGUUUAGCAUCUUUUCUAGAUGCAAAUUUCAUCUAGUUAAUGCAUUGCGAAGUGGUUUUUUUGGAUUUUUCUUUUCGUUUUCUUAAUUAUUGGAAAAAACUUGUAAACGGCUUGGGAAAAGAGAAAGUUAACGGAAUUAUCGGUUAUAUUAUAGCUUCGAGACUGUUAUAAUAUUUUUAAACCGCUUUCAGAGGUUAUACAUAGUAAAUCAAAGUAUGAAUAUCAUACAUAAUUAUAUGGCGUUUUAACAAUGUUUUAGAAUUUAAAAACUGUUUUUUAAUUUUGUAACCACUCGUUUAUAUAAGCUAUCGAAAAUAUACCCCUUGAAUAUCUCCGAAGAUAAUAAAGAUAAUCAAAUUCUGUUUUUUUGUAUUACUCACAGGAAUGAGUUCUACAAAUAUUUAUAUUUAAAUUAUUAUUUUUUUAUUAUUAAAAUAACCGUUUUAAAUUUUACUAAUCAAUGUAAAAACCGUUGUUAUCUAGAGAAUAACUUAACCCAGGCGAUAAUAAUUCAUCGGAUAUAAAUAUGUGAUCCAUACAAUUUUCAGAAAAAAAAAUUCUACCAAAUAGCUACCUUAAAAUUUUCCGAAAAUAAUAAAAUAAAGUUAUUUUUUUAAUAAAAAAAAAAAUCAAUUUAAGUAUAAAUAUUUGUAGUCUUCAUCACUGUGAGUAAUAUAUAUAAAAAAAAAAAAAACAGAAUUUGAUUAUUUUUACUAUCUCCGGAGAUAUUCAAGGGGUAUAUCUUCGUGGGAUAGCCUGUAUAUUGAAAAUUAAAGACGUUUGGUUGCAUAUUAUAGUCUUUUGGCCUGUUCUCUUUAGAGAGCUGACAGAAGGGCCGAAGCGAAUUUAAAAUUUCUUCGUAAACUAUUAAAUGGUAAUAUUGAGGCACCUCUUAAAUUACCUCAACAUUAAAAUCGUAUUAUUUUUCUCUAGGAUUAACUCUCCUUUGUUUAUUUCUAUAUAUACCACCAAUUAUGCCAUAAACCAACCCCUUGUUGGGAUGAUGAAGAUUGCUAAUGAAGAGCCAUCAUUUUGGAUAAAUUAGUCCAGCUAUAUUAUUAUUAUUAUUAUGUUAUAAAUUUAUUUUACUUAUUUUACCUGUUAUUGUUAUUUAUGUACUACCUAGUCUUUUCAACCAACUUUUGCUAACAAUGCAAUUAUACCGGGUUUAUUUGAAUUAUUGUUUAUUGUACCAAAAGUUUCUUUCAUUGUAUUAGUAUAACUUUGGGCUUCUGCCGUUAUUUUUAAUAAAAUAAAUAAAUAAAUAAAUAAUACAUAGAUACUAGAUUGUGUACGGACGAUAUCGAAAGGCAAAUAGAUGAAAGACAAAUAGAUUAUAAAAUAUAUUUUACCGAGCCGUAUUCCACUAUUUUGUUAUAAAAAUGUAUUAUUUCAUUUUUUAAUUCGCGAGUGUGUUGUAUAAUAAUAAUGAUAAUGAUAAUACCUAUAUACGGAUUAUUCGCAUGUAAAUAAUACAGUAUAUUUAUUGCUGCGGUGGUGGGUAUUUUGAGGAUAGCAGAAUUUAUGUACCUACAGUGCAAUUCAAUUCGGUGCCCCAAAUUAACAUCAAUAGACCGCGUCAUAAUAUAUACAAACACACAAUAUAUUCUACAGUCUAAAGGUUUACCGUAUAUUGCAAUAAAAUCAGUUAAAACCUCAAUUACGCCGCCGAUGUGGGUAUCAAAGGGUAUUUAAAUUUUCAAGGAUACCUAUACUGCAGAGAUCAAAAACCUUUUUCCCCUUUAUUUUUCGGGCUAAAUGACAUACGCGUAUUACCUAUAUAUUCUCUCAAAUGUUUUAUUGGAAAUAAUAUACUUAUACUAUAUUAUACUUGGUAAAAUUGAAAAGGUUAUAUUAUAAUAAUCGUAUGAUUUAUGCCAUUUCGACUGGUCACUUGUGUUGGACUGUUUAUCAAUUUAGCAAUUUGACAGUUAUGACGGUUAUCAUAUAAUUUAGCAAUUUCAAAAAUUUAAUUCACGCGUAUUAAUAAAUAUACAAAAUUGACAGAAGUCCUUCUUCCCCGGGACUACAUAAUUAUUAUUGGCGCGUGUCGGACAUUUCGAGAAAACUGGUAUGAUUGCAUAUUUUCGCGAUUGUUUAAAUACUGGCGUAUGCCAGUGGUGCGCAGAAGAAUUUCGAUAAGCGAGCGUAUAAUUAACCAACACGCACGCAGUUGCAUUAAUAUUGAUAACCCGUCUGGAACGUGUAUCUAUGGAAUUUAUUCAUAGAUCUGGCCUAGAGAAAUUUCGUGAGAGACACUCGGUAUUGAAAUCGGCCAUCGUAGACGGUGAUCUGUGGAGAAUUACUCUUUCUUAAAAUAUUUUUUUGGAAAUUAUAGCUCUUACAUUUUAUACUCUUUAUAAAAAAACCAUCUCUUAAAAUUCUUCUAGGACUCUUAAUAUUUUAAGGGAAUGUUAAUAAUAGGUUAUAAGUGUACCUAAUUGUUAUUAUAUUAUAUCGUUAACAGAUAUAUUCAAUACUUAUUUUGCAAACGUAAACCAAAAAUAAUAUCUUUCGUCAAUAUUGUUACGCGUAUAUAUUACCAUAUAUAUUAUUAUUCGAUUUGUUAAUUAUCAAACAUUUUAACGGAGGACAUUACAUAAUAAAGAUGGACUUUGAAUUUAGUUCCAAAGGCCCGAAAUAGUUAUUAAGAGGUAGUUAAAAGAAUAUGACUCAUGUGGACGAGGCAUGAUGUCUUGUGUAAAUGUGUAUUAUUAGUUAAGUAAGUGAUUGAGGAAGACUUUAUUAUAUAGGGAAACAGCUUUUAGGGAGCCCAAGAUUAAGAAGAGGAGGUUGUGUUAAGGGGAUUCGAAAUGGAACCGGUAUUUUCAAGGGUAUCUUUCUUUGUCUAACACAUACGUAGCAUAUAAAUGUUAAAUAAGAAAGUUAUUUAUCGUUUGAUAAUAUAAUAGAUAUAUCUAGAUUUAUUACUAAGUAAAUAGAUAAUAAAUAAUUGGUUUAAAGAAUUCAAUUUAUCGUUGAUUUACUUACAUUACUUAAUAGACUUGGCGUUAUUUACAAAAAAUUUAAAAUUUUCUUGUGUUUUCCUUUUAUAAUUUAUUCUGUAGUUUCUAAAUAAUAUAUAAUUACAGCUCAAUUUAAAAUGUUCAAAAAAUUUUAAACCAAAUUUACUUCGGUGUCGCUUUUCGUUUGCACUAAAUUAAAUUACCAUUUGUUUAUCUUGUAUAACAAUAUACGGACCAACGUUUAACCUAGAAAUACAGAGAUACGAAAGGAGAAACAAUGAAGGUAUAAAAAGGCUAUAUAAUAAGCCACAUAUCCUCUAUUUUAUAAGGAUCAAACGAUUAGAAUGGUUUGGGCAUGCGUAGUGAUUGGAUGGACAAUUAAUUAAAAAUAUACUAAUCAACCAAAUAAAUAAAACAAGAGCCCAUAGGACGGCACAAAACCAAGGAUUUAUUAAUGAUGGAUCAAAGCGCAUCAUUACAACUAGUGCACCAGUGUAACCGGGUUUAUUUCUCCUUGUGAAAUUUCACCCCCCACCCCGGUACAUUUUCCCUGGUGAAAUUUUACCCCCGAAAAUUUUACCAAGGGAGGUAAAAUUUCACUUUGUAAAUAAUCGCGGGCACACUGGGACGUAUGCGUAAGGAAGAUUUUGAUAAAGAAGAAGAGUUGUACAAUAUAUUUCAAAUUUCCAACUUACAACAGUGAUCCAUGGUGCGAUGUAACCGUAUCAGAUUUUCACAAUUUGUUUUAUUGUUACAGUUUAGCACAAUAAUUGUUGUUAUUUGUCCUAAAAUGAUGUAGUAUCCUAUGGCCCUGUGACACCGGACGUCAUUCCCAGGCCCGGAUUUAGGGUUGUGAAGGCCCGGGGGCCCAUAUUUAUAAGGAGACUUAUUCUAUUCAAAUAGAACAAAUAGGCAAGAAAAAUAAAAAAAUUCAACAAAUAUUUGAUUCGGCUUAUAAUAUGAUGUUUGUGGGUCCCCAUUUUUCGUGGAUCCCGGGGACGCGGCCCCCUCUGUCCCCCUCUCCCCCUAAUCCGGGCCUUGUCAUUCCGUCGUACUCGAACGAGACGACAAUAAAUUGCACGCUAGUGACGCGUGGCACACGUGUAAGCUACCGACACACAUUUUUAUGAUUCCAGCCUCGAUUAUUGACGGUCGGUUACGGCCGUUUGAUCCCGGGGCCAUAUUAUAUCCGUAAACGCGUCCGACUGAUAAUUCGGAAUACGGGCGCGCUUUGAUUUCCGCGUCACUUUGUUGUUUGUGUGUACAACAAUACUAUUGUGUAAGUAUUGAUGUAUAUGUGUAUUAUUGUCGUGCGACUGUAUGCACGGUUUAAACGCUCCGCGGAUUAGUAAAUAAUAAUAUUAUUAUUAUGUGUUUAUAUCGAAUUAUUAUACGAUCGUCGUCGCCGUCACCGCCGCUGGUCAAUCGACAUCGUUUUGACGUUCAUACAUCUACAUAUACAUCUAUGUAUAUGUAUAGUGCCGAUAAGUUCGGUCGGGGGAGGACGGAAAAUCGAUUCGUAGUGUGGCAUAAGGCGCGUUCGCCGAGCGAGGGAGAGAGAUUGAACGAGAGAGAGAGAGAGAGAGAGAGAGUGUAUGUGGGAGAGAGAGAGAAUGAGUGGGCUGGUCGGCGGGCGGGUGGAAGAGGGCGAGGGAUCGGAAUAGGGGAAGCAGUGGGGUGAAACGACGUGUGCCGCCAGCGUUGUUCCGCGAGCAAAGGAUAUAGCUAAACGUUUUCGAGAAGAGCACCACGCCGCCGCUGCCGCUCGCCGUCAUUGUUUCGUUUACUUUUCGUAUUUCAAUCUGUUUUAACCGCCGCCGCCGCCGGUUAAAACAUCGAUUUUAUAUUAUAAUCUGUGUCCUAAAUAAUAACCGUACUUAAUAAGUAUUAUAUAAGUACGCACGUAAUAAGUAUCGUAUUUCAUCAAUAAUAAUCGUUUUUAAUAAUCAAAGUAAACUAUCAUACGCGGUAUACGUAUAUAAUUAUAACGUGUAGUUUUUAUAAAAUAUACGGGCAAGCCCUUUUGGUACGAACCGAGUUACAUUGCAGUAAAUACUAGAUGACAUAAUACAAUUUUCAAAAAAAAAAAUACGUAAAACGUAAGCCAAUUAAAAAUGAAAGUCGGGGUCUGUAAAUAUAUAUUGGCACGAGACGUCAAACGUCUUAUAAGUUCAUUUCUCAUGUAGUUUGUGGUACUUGGAGGUAUGGGCAACGUAGAAGAGAAACGAGAGGGCUGUGAAAUUUUAAAGUUAAUUAAGAAAAGCAAGGAUGGAGAAUUAACAUCACCUAUUAAUUAGGCCUUUUAAAAAUUUAGACCAAACGUAAUGUCAUCACACACAGCGUUAUUCUGGAAAAUCACAGGUACGAUAAUAUACGAAUAAUGUACGAUAAUGUACGAAUGUAUACGAUAAUAAAUUUACCUUGUAUUUUUUUAUCAGGCUACUUUUCAUUAUGGUAUCCAAUAUCUGUUUGUGUUAAAAUAUACGAGAUAUUUGAAUACAAUUAUUGGUAUACAAUUGAAAAAAAUAAAAACAAUGAAAAACCUAAACAAGUUGUUCGUAUUGAGGGGUUUUAAAGUAACCGAGAAUGUUACAGCCAACGAUAUUUUUUCCGAAAAUAUUUAAAUAGAAACGUAUUUUGUCCGAAGGAUAUUAGAUACACGAAACAAAAAACGCACGGAAAUAAAAAAAUCAAAAAUAUUUAAGCUAAACAGUAUUUAAUCUGAAAAUGUUUCAUGACUAACUCCAUAUAAACAUAAUAUAUAUCAUAUAAAUCUACUUAUCUAGAAAUUAUAUUCAAACAAAGCCUCUUCCCGCCGUGACUGAUUAUUACUAUGAUUACCUAUCUAACCGUUCAAACAGCUGUCCAUUAUAAAUUAUAAUUAUAACUUCAGUGCUAUACCGAUUUAAUUGUUAUUUCGCAUUUAACGUGACGCCUGGCCCAAUGAGCCACGAAACAUUUUUGAAUUAAAAUAAUGUUCAGAUAAACUAUUAUUAUUCGUAUAUUCAUAUACUACUUUUGAAUGAAAUAUUUUCUAAUAAAAUACGUUCAAACGAUAAGUUUUUGGCGAAAUAUUUUUCGGAUUUAAUACGAUGUUAAGGGUUUUAGAUUCUGGCACAGCUAAGGAAUGUAUAGACAUUAGUUUUACUGUUUUUUCUUUUGUUUGUAUCUUAAUACAUUUUAUACCAGAAAUCUUGUUUUAAUUUUCAAGUGUAGAAUUUCUUCUAAUAGGAAAUUGUUUCUUUUGGCGCAGUCAUCAUUUUUUGAUUUCCCUUGUAGUUUUUUUAAUAAAUUGAGGAAUUUUCAAAGAAUGCUUAUCUUAUAUUAGUAUUUUCUAGGCGUGCUAACAUUUUAUGCGGAUUAAAAUUCAAACAUGCUUGAAAAUAAAACACGAGGUUCAUAAUAAGUUGUCCUUGGUGAUAAAAAAAAAACCAACAGAAGUUGAGUGUGAUAUAUUAGUUUUUGUUUUUAAAGCGUUUUGAAUUCAAAUUUUGACGAAAAACAUGUCGCCAAAGCAUUUCAAAACAUAUUUUUAGUCGUAUUUCGUUUAGAACAGUAUUCGGUUAGCAAUGAUUCAUCGUUGCGUGAAUGUAUUUAUCGUUUCAUUGUCGCGAUUAUACUGGGUAAUUAUCUCAUUCAUUUAAUAAUAUUAUUAUAAUAUUACCAUUUACCGCGUCUACACGUUUAGUUAUAAGUGUAUAAGUGUAAUAAGUACACGCGCGUAUUGAAAUGCUACAGCGAAGUCACCCUAUAUAUUGUGUAAAAUAUAUACUGCGAAAACUAAUUUGAUUAAAAAUAAUUAACUUUUCAGAGUAUACCCCCGGUGUACAACAUUAAGCAACGUCAAGCGAGCGAGCGAGAGAUCUGCAUUAUUAAACGGCUUAUUUACGCGAACUUUUCUAAAAAAAAAAUCCCGUCUUCGUCUCCUCGACGAAAAGUAGUAGAGGUACCUAAUCGUGCGACGUAACUUAUUUGAAUAAUCUCGUCGUUAUUUUCGUAUAAUUUUUUUAUGUCGGUAUUAAGUGAUAUAUAAAAAUAAAAAAAUAAACGUGUAUUAUAAUACUGUAUAAUAUAAUACAAUAUAGUGUAUAAUCUUUUUUAAUAUUACAAUAAAUUACUACUGCUGCUGCUGUAGAUUAUAAUAUACGAACGUCUUUAAAGAAACAUAAUAUAAAUUAUAAUAUUCUACUUAAACCUAUGAAUGUAUUCACGUCAUAUUAUUUUAGUAAUUUUCGUUAGUAAUAUAUCAUUUAAAAUUGUUUAAUUUAUGCGUAAUUGGGACCCUGCGUCCAUUUUUUUUUUUUUGGGCUUGGAAAUUGACUCAAAUCGAUUGACAGUAACUCAAAUAAUUCUGUUAUAGAGUUAUUUUUGUCACGCUUAAAACAGUUUAUUAAUAUUCAUUUUUAAAAUAAUUAGUCGAUUAUUUGAAUUGUCUAAAACGGUUUUUAUAAUUUACUUAAUUUGAUAGCGGUGACGCCUUUCCUGGGGCAUAAACAGUGUUAACGGUUAUUAUUACAAAUUGUUAUAGGUAUGGUUAAGUUUACACCGCAUAGAUCAUCAAUAUUAUCCUACAAUGAUGUUCUUAAAGUGAGUGAUGUGGGUGAUACAUCAUCCUUCCUCCAAAGAGUUUUGUAGCUGAGUUUGUAAUGCUGGUUGAUAGCAAUCAACUUGGUCGCCGCUGAUAUCAUACAAAAACCUGUUGAAAAUCAUUUUUAUCAUAGCGAUAUGUUUUUGUUAUUUUUAAAGUUUAAUUAUUAAAAAAACAAGAACUUUUCGGAAAACUUUUCAAGCAUAAUCUGUUUAUCUUAUUUAAUUACAGAAAUCCCCGAACUUUUCAAAAUAAUAAUGUUUUACCUGUAUGUUGCGCGUAAUUAAAUCAUGGACUGAGAUUGGGAGGAGGGGGACAAAAUUAUCCUCUUAAAAUCUGUAUUUUAUACAAUAAUAAACCAGUAUUUGAAUUUAAUACAACAAUUUAUUAGAGCCAUUUUAGCCUCCAUUAAAAAAGGUAUCAAAACACCGCCUGUGGAUUUAAUGCGUGGCCCGUGGUAGAUAUACUGGUGAACUAUGCCGAAAUAUCGUGUUCUUUAUUUUAGAUUCCCAGUGAAAUGCAUUAUUGGUUUUACUGCUGUACGGUGUGUCUGUUAACACGAUUUCGAUCAAACGACUUGCUUAAAUUGAAAAGCAGAAAGAAACAUCUGGGGGUUAUUUCUGGUAGCUAAUGUAAUUGGUGUACUCGGAGUUAUUAUUAUUUUUUUUAAUUCUUGUACUUUUUCAAGGCUGGACGAAUUAAUGAAUAGUUAAGUUAAGUAUUAAUUGAAAAAAACAAACGCGUUAACAUGCUAAAAGUUUAUUGUUUUAUUAUAAUUAACUAGCAAUUAAAAGUUUAUUUGAAAAUUGAAUUCAACUCAUUCUCGGAAAACAUUUAUUCGGUAACUAAAAAUGCCCUUAUUUUUUCGUAUUGUACUUUAAAAGUUUGUUAAUUUUUUCCUGGUGGUAUUUUGACAUAUUUUCGAAAUUACUUUUUUUUAAAUAAUUGCUUAUUGUUUUUUUUUUGAAAAAAUAUUUGUUUGGUUACUUAAAUGUUCUAAUGUUUUCUCAUAAGAUGCAGAAUUUCUGCCCGGUAGUUACACUUAAUUUGAAAUAUUUACUGUCAUUUGUAGCAGUUAAUUUUGUUGAUUUCUGUAAGGUUCUGUACUUCUGUUGGCAACAAGGGAAAAACACGAUCAAUAUUAUUCGUUUGCUAUGGCUUUUCGUUCAAACAGUAGGUACGUAAAUUAAAGCAUAGGUACCCAGUAUAAUGUCCUACUUUGUUCCCGACUACGCGCCGACAACACUAGUCAUCCGUUAGAAGUAUCAGUUUUUUGUUCUUUUUUUUUUUAAUUCGCUGUUAAUCGCGUAAUCAAUCACACAACCCGGAGUAUAUAAUUCCCUCUUGUCGGUGUUCGGAAAUUUUGUAUAAAUUGGUAGACAGAAUCGCAAAACAGAAAUCAAUAUAGUCAUUUGGUAAAUGAUAUAUUAUAUGCAGUGGUGUAUCUCGGAUUAUGGGGGAGGAUAGGGAUCUUAGGGUUCUAUAACUUUUCUAACGUUACCUAUAACAAAAAAAAAGCAACGGGGGAGGGUUACAACACCCUAUCUCCCCUGGUUACGCCGUUAAGUCUUGUUACCACGUUUAAAAUAAAAUGUAAGCCAACGGACCCGGCCGUCCCUGGUUCGAAGCCAUACAACAAUAUAUUAUUUCAUACUUCGAUACAAUGAACAUUUUGGAAGUUUUAUUUUAUUGCCUUGGGGUUUUUUACGACGUGAUUGCGGCCGAAUGUCGAAAAGGUCACACUGACGAUAUAAUAAUAAUUUUGUUUAUCGUCGUGUCACUUAUAAGUUAUAAAAUAUUUUAUAUUUGUAUACGUUAGUGCUGCAUCGAGUAUACAGACGUUAUUUUAUUAGUAUAAAUGUAUAAUAUUUACCAUGUGUCCAUAUUAUUUACAAAACUUCACAUAAUAAUGUGCAUCGCGACGUAAACGGUUAUAAUAUUAUAAUGACGUUUCGAACUUCAGUUCUAUAAUGAGCAAUAUCGUUUUAUUAACUAUUUAUUUAUUUAUUUAUUUUAGAUUCUGAGCGUAGCGAGGGAGCUAUUGGUUUUACUAAGAUGUUUAUUUAUUUAUUUAUUUUCCUUGAUCUUUGUUCUUUGUUCUAAUUUAUGGGAACGUCUUAUCCUUGUAAACUUGCUCCGAUUUUUACGUGUAGCAUCUUUUCUGAAAGUUCAAGUUGUCUAGGUUGUACUUUAAACAUGUCAUUUUUGACUUUCUGCGUUAUUUUUUAACUAAAAGAACUUAAGUGAAAAAAACGUAGGAAAACGUACAAUUUCACAAUUUCAUUGUUUUAUAAAAACAUGGACGACGUUUUCUACCAGAAUAAAUGAUUUAAUCGAAAAAUAACAAAACACAUUUCUUGUUGCUUUUUUUGAAUUAUUUCCUUACGGUAUCAUUGUCAAAACUUUUAAGCCAUUUUUGAGCUCUUAAGGAAUUUUAAUUUUUGGGAGUCUUUUUGUUACAAUUCGGUUAUUAAUACAUGUAGAGACUUUAAACUUGGUAAUAAUACUUAUAUUGAACUUACUUAGCUAUAGUCAAAUUUCCAAAAUGAUCGAACGACUUUUUAUUUUUAAUAAGCGCUUUGAAAUCAUAUUCAAACGAAAAUCGCAAGAAAAACUACAAUUCAAAUUAUGUAUUACCGAAUUGCACUCGGAAUCUUUCUUCAGUCAAUGGUUUAUCGUCGCUUACAAAUAUAAAUGAAAUAACCUUAUAUAUCUUACCUUCCUAACUUCUUACCUACAACAGUGGCUGCUCCCAUCCCCCGUACCGACACUUUUUUUUUUUUUUUUAAAUUUCAGCGUUCUCAAUUGUAUUGGUUUUACUAUAAUGAUGUGGGCUUAUCUAUUUUUCCUACAUACUUUCUACAGAAAAUAUUGCUCCGACCAUCAGAUGUAGUAGGAUUUUGUCUAAAAGUUUAUUUGUUCUGGUCGGUACAUCAAGGAGGUCAUAUUUGGAAUUUUUUCUUUUUCAUUAUUUUUUUUUUUUUAAAUUUUGUUAAAAAAAAUUAUAAUGACCUAAUAUUUUUAUAGAAUACUCGUAUUAGCUUUUUCUAGACGUAGUCAAAUUGUCAAAAAAUUAUAGUGAUUUUUAGUCUAUUUAUAUAUAGACAUGUGAAAUUUUCGUUUUUUUUUUUUUUUUUUAGUUUUUAUUCGGUUUAAUGUAGAUACAAUUGUUUCGGCCCUUCAAAAAUUCUUGAAAUUUUAACACGAAGUUCAUCAUCAUAAGUUGAACCUAUAGCGGUAAAAUCGUUGAAAGUAUUUUCCCGUUCUUUUUUUUUUAUAUAAGCGUUUCAAGUUUAAUUCUUAAAAAUGAGGGCAUUUCAAAACAUAUCUAACUGAACUCAGAAUCGUUUUACGUUUGACAAUGAUUUAUCGCUACGUUUCUGAUAUAAAUUAAAUUAUUCUAUAUACCUUAUUAAAUACCUUUCCAACUUGUCACCUUUUAUGUAUAUUUAUUCGCCCCACGUGUUAUGAAUAGUAAUUUAUGGUUUUACACGUCGGGUAUAGUAGCUACAUAAUAUCAUAACUAGAUCGUACGGUUUUUUUUUUUUUUUUUGCUUUAAGCAUUGUGCAAACAUUAAAAAAAUUAAAAACAUAUUAUGUACCUCCUACUUAUAUGAUUUGUUUGAAUAAAAUACUAAAAAAAAAAAAAAAAAAAGACUUGUCAACAAUUUUUUGUUAUAAAAAGAAAGUAUUUAUUAACGAUUUUAACUGCGUAUCGUACUUUUUUUUUUUUAAUAAACGUACCUUUUAAAAACAAUUUUUUUUAAUAUAAUCGAAAAAAAAAACCAUGUAGUAUAUUAAAUCAAUUAAAAAAAAAAAAAGAAAAAAAAAACAUAAUAAUCGAAGUACACAAAACCAAUCACUAACGAGAAAACGAAUCGCCUCGAUUUUACGUGAAUAGGUUUUUUAUAGUCAUAAACUCAUAACGAAUACGCAUUUCAAUGCCGCGAUACUUUUAACUCGAUUGAUAAAAUUUCGCAAUUAUUUACGCUCUGUAUGUGCGGUCAAAGUUUUUUCUCCGUAUUUAUUUAUUCGUUAAAAAAAAAAAAUCGGAAUAAUAUCGCUGCGCCAAAUUCCGGCUCCGGUCGGAAUCGUUUAUCGAACAAAAUUGUUAUAAAAAUAUAUAUUAUUUAUCUUCGCCUCUUGAAUUUUAGUAAAAGAAAAAGUAAUGAUAAUACAAUAUUCGGUGAAACCUUGCGGGGACCUCCGAAAAACUGCCCGAGCACAGUUCGAAGUUUAUGCGUUUGCUAGUCUAUAUAAUAAUAGUAUAAUAUUACCAACGGGAUGUAAUCAAUAAUUUUUUUUAUUUCUUGUUAACUAUUUUUGUACUGUCGGUGUAUUUUGGUACUUAGAAUAUAAUAAUAUAAACAGUCGAUGUAAAAUUUAUAAACAACUAAUCUGCACACUUUGUACUGUGGAACAAGGUAAUAUUUUUUGUAUUUUCUAGCGAAUGUAUAACGGUAGACCGUUGCGAUUGAAAGUCAAUUCUGAGCUGAGCUCGGUAUAUCGGCAAGGGCACUCGCAGAAAAAUAAACCGGAAGGGGUUUUACGGGCUAAGAACUAAAUUUUACUUAUCAUUGACGUAAACAAAAAAAAAAACUAUAACAAACUAUCAUUUUAUCUAAAUUAGGUACUUGACUUCCCCACCGCCCCGCGAGUGACCUAGUAAACCGGUAAAGUUGUAAAUAUACGCGAUUCCGUAAGUUUGUCCCUUUUGGCAGUACGCUAUUCCAUACAUUUGGCAAAAAGGUUCGUUUUUAAUGCCUGACCCUUAAACUAAUACGACUCCGUACGAAAAUUAGUGCAGCAUAUACAGUUGCCAACACGUGUAAAGCUGGAUUUCAUAAUAUUUACUCAAAGAAUGCUGUAAAAUAGUUUUACUCACAACACUCGCGUCGAGAUGACGAUUGUGUAUUGUAUAAUACAAUACAUCAAUAAUUGUAUUAAUUGUAUUAUAAUACAAUAAAUUAAUAAUAAUAAUAAUUAAUAAUAAAUCAAUAAUGACGCGAUUCUACGCGGUUAAUCGGUGUUCGAUAUUUUAUUUCAGUUUUGUAAAGUAUUCUCAAGCCUGCAGGUUCCCACGACACUCGUGUAUUCGACGAAUAUUUUCCGUGCAGUAGGAACUAUUACGUUCCCACCCGUACGAAUUUUCGGCACUUGUUGGUUAUUGGUUAUUCGUCACAUUCCCGCGGAUUGUCAGUAAAAGUGACACGAGUCUCGAAGAGAUUGUUAUCAGUGUUACCGAUCGGUAGCCGAUUAUCAUUUGAACGUUCGCCAAACACGCGAGUACCCUGCGAAUUGUAUAAUAUCGUUUGAACAUUUAUGCUCCGGUAGUGACAAGUCUGGAACUUGUGGAUGCAACCGCAGUGCCGUAUAAUCGUAUUCAUAAUAACCUACAGCGUGAGCCCCGUGUAAUAAUCCAUAGGCAACAAUCGCGGUGUAGUAAUAAAUAUCGACGACCGUAACGGAAUAGUCUACCCAUAAAUUAUUAUUAUUUUAUUUUCCUAUUAAUGCAAUACAAUUAAAAUAUAUACUAUUAAUAGUUAACAGGCGAAUUAGAAUAAGCAAACAACUAACCAUAUAAAACAAAGUAGAAUAUAAACAAAUAAAUAAGUGCAAAAGAUAGCGGAUGCACUGCCUACGUUUUUCCUACUUAGUGGUACUGAGUGGCCUUAGACGUCGACGUCUAAUGAUUCCAGCCGUUCAAUUGCCUUGUCCCUUGCAUACCCGUAAAUGAGUAACAACGGCAAUGCCGCAUUACAUUCGUCCGGCUGUAUAACGUACGGAAUCGUACUCGAACCUUUUGUAUCGUAUUAUUUUUUUUUCUUUUACAACUUAAGAUAUAAUGUCUAUUAAAUAAUGCUAUAAAAUGUUACAUUACUAUUAUUUUUUGUCGUCCUUAUUUUUGGGGAUGAUUCCGAGGGAGAAUAGCGGAACACAGUUUAAACGUCGCUCGUUGUGUCCCCACACAAAUGAUGUUCCACUUCUUUCUUUUUACUCAAACUCAAGGGUAAAAAUCUCGUUAACGGGCCGACGAAAAUCAAAAUUGUCAACAUCAACAUUGAUUUAAACUAUAGUACUCGAAUAUUUCACAAAUAGACUGCUAUUUGUGAAAUAUUCGAUAUAGCUGGUUGCCAAUCGAAAGUAAAAAAUAGGCAGUAGUUUCAUACCCCUCCCCCUCCCCCGAAAAUAAGGGUGUAAAAAUUAAUAACAGUGCGACGUUUUAGAGUUGCUUGUUUAAUACACUGUCAAAAACCCUUUAAAAGUAUUAAUACUUUACGAGAUAUCGCAAUAAUCGUAUUAUCUUCGUGAAACAUCCUGUAGGCGUAUAAACAAUACGAACAAGUCAUAGAUUAAGUCAUUUUUUCCACCCUACGAGUAAAUAUCUAAUAAUAUAACGAGCCACACAAUUUUCAAUAAAUAAAUCCUCCCCGUUUGUAUUAUUUGUUUAUGUUUUAUAUUCGUGUCGGUAAUAUUUACUUUAUCAUAUACGUAUACGUAUAUAAAUAUUUAAUAUUAUACACGAGUACAUCACGCAGUAACACAAAUCGGAAUAUUCCGCAAUUGAACGCGUAAUUUCCGUCGGUAUAUACACAUUUUUUUUGUUUUCGAAUUGUCGUUUAUUGUUUGCCGAGAGAACAGAAUAAGAGAAAACGGAAAAAAAAACCGUUUUUCAAAUAUUUAUUUUUUUGUUUCGUGUGUUCACAGACGGUCUCUCAACAGCCCGCGCAGUCGGUACCGCCGUCGUCGUCGCAGCUGCAACCGGCGGCACCGCGUCCGUCGUACGCGCCCCUGACCGCGUUGUCCAGCAUGCAACCUCCCGGCUCGUCGUCGGGCGUCGAACACCACCAUCAGCAGCCCCCGCCGCAGCCGCCGCCGCCGAUACCGUUGCAGUUGCCGACGCACCACCACCGCCGGCACCAUCACCACCACCAUCAGCACCACGGAGGCGGCGCCGUGCCGUACAACAGCGCGUUUUCCGCGCCGCCGCCGCCGACGCCGCAGGCCAACGGCACCUCGUCGGACGCUUCCGACCACAACGGCGGCAAACACGAACAACCGGCGCCGUUACCGCCGCCGCUGCCGCCGCCGUCGUACGCUCACGGUGAGUACAUACAUUACGAUAUCCGUGUUUUAAUAAUAUAAUCGUUAUACCUGCACAAGACAACGUUGUUACCGCCGCCGUAAUAAUUAUUGGCGUUUAUGUUUACAACAAUAUAAUCAAAAGCGAAUAUAUUAUUGUAUUUGUCCAGCGUAUACAAUACAAUAAAAUAAUUAGGUCGAGACCGAGUGCAAUAUUAUUACAACGGUCAAGUGUACGGCUCGAAUACUUCGACCUCUUUAUUGUUAUUAU